ACACUUACUCUCUCUCGGGCCCCUCCCCGUCUCCCCACCAACUGGAUGUGCGGCCCAAGCGAGGAUUUUCACGAAAACAUCCACUGCAGACUGCGUACUAGUGCCAACGAGAGGGGUGCUACGAGGAACGGGACCCGAGGCUAUGGAGCAAACGGCGUGACAGUCGAGUCGAUGGCAUUUCCAAACUUGGAUAACGGUUUUUUGGCGUUGAAAUGAGACGGUAGAUUCGUUUAAGAGCUACAACAGCAAUGAAUAUGAUAUCACUUGUUUGAUAGAAAGACGGAGAGAGAGAGGGGCCAAACUCCCUCCCUCGGUAGAGUUCAUUCUGCCCGAUGGAGGCUGUCGGGACGUUUGCAGCGAGCUCGAGGCCCGGAAUGUCACCUGUGAAACGUCGAUGCGUCGUCGCAGGACGUAAUUAAAGACGAGCUCGCACACACCUGUCUCCGCUUUGACGACUUUUUUUUAAACGUGAACUCCAAACUAAACCCGAAUUGAAAGUUAGCAGGUCAACGUUAGCUGCGCGAGGCGACCCCUCGCGCAACAUGACUAUCAUAGAUAUCACCUAACAAGAGGUUUUUUCACCACCUCAGGUAACCUACCAGGACAGGUGAACAACGCACUCUUUGAAAUUGACGGACUUUCAUUUUGACGGGACAGUUCCAGAAAGUUGUCACAUUGUAUUUUAACAUCAGCAAGUUUAUUCAAACGCAUUUGCUGAAAGAGCCGAACAGUUUUGCUUCUGGAAAAAAGGGCUUCUUGGAUUUUUUUUUUAAUUCUUGCCUAGUUUUACCUUUUGCCAUCAAUCAUGUCACUCAAAGACAAUCCCUGUCGGAAGUUUCAAGCCAACAUUUUCAACAAAAGUAAAUGCCAGAACUGCUUCAAGCCUCGGGAGUCACAUUUGCUGAACGACGAAGACCUAAGUCAGGUAAACAAACACAUUUUACACAUUCGUUUCAUAUUUGAGAUGUUCUUAUGUUCUUCUCAAAACUGAAAGCCUGUUUUUCUGUCUGUUUGAUGAGCACUGCUCUGACUGUUUGUCAUGUGUCAAUAGACCAUGAAAGUGCAAAGGUUAGGUUAAUUGGACAUAAUUAGUUUCCAGCCCAGGGGCUCGAAUUGACCUUAAUUCAUGCAGAUAUAGGUCUCUAUCCUGCACUGUAGCCUAUAUUUACUACCUUUCUGUUGCAUCAUUGAGGUUACAGUUACACCUCUGAAAAACCCUGAAAAAGCUUUUUUAAUAGCUGCUGCACUGACCCAUCAUUUUUGGCACUGUGCCUUGUUAUUUCCUUCAGCGCUCUUUUAUGCUCAAUUUGUCAGCCAGUUUUGGCCCUCGCAGCAUAAUGUGGGAAGACUAGAAACAAAGAUGUUGUUUUAAUUUAUCAUUCACAAUUAAACUAAUUCCACCCACAUGGUUGCUGGACUCUGUUGUUGAUAUUGGCACACUAUGAAUGGUGGCAUCAGGUCACACUGAACUCUGUUGGCCUGUAUCAUGAUAAUUCUUUCUUGUAAGCUGAUUGUCGGGAUUAAGAGUUACCUGUGUCCAAGGUGAAAGUUUAGAUGAAUUAAAUGCUGACUGUGAGGCUUCUUUUGUUGGCGCUGUCUGCAGCAUGUCAGGGUGAGGACGUGCAUGAAGGAAAAAUGGACAAAUGUUCUUCACAAACCAUGAGACGCAUUGUUGGAUUGAAUGUUUUUGCCCCGCAUGGAUAUCAGUCUCGUCCUGGGCGCACUAAGAGUGGAGUUGAGAAGUUUGCUGUAAGAGACUGGAGAAUCAGGACCCAGGUUUGAGUCCUACUUCAAGAAGGUCCCAAAGGACUGCAAAUCUCAUUGUGACUGACUAGUCUAUGAAUGAAGUUCAACGACCCAUGCUGUCAGUCAGUAGAGUAUCACAUAGUUUUUUAUGAUGGGUUGAAAACAAGGGGCCCUUGCAAAAUGAACAUAUACGACCACGCUUCAGACCCCAUUUGAACGCUGACGAACCAUUGAAGGGUAAAAAAUGACCCAGAUUCAUCGGGUCGUUUCUUCCCUCUCAGGAGGACUUGUUAUCGUGCUGCUGUCAGGUCAUGUGAGGAGAGACAGGACAUUUUUUGAGCGUCUGUCUCUACAUGGUCUUUCUUCCACAGACAAAGAGGAAGCUCAUGUCACAGUAUAAGUAUGAUUCUCUCAACACUUUCCUGUGCUACCCUAUCCUGCAGUCCCAUUUUCAAAUAACAUCUGCAAAGUGGCGUGACCUCUCGGGCUUCCUUUUAAUAAAGUUGUAUGCUGUUCCUCUUGCAGAAACUUCUACUACUGCAAGGUUACGACUUCUGACAAAACAUUGUGGUUACGUCAUUUUGUUUACAGAGUCAGUCAGCUGAGAAAUGUGCCAUACCUCCUGAAGUGAAAGAGGAUUUGAUGGUGGAUUACUCCCUGGUGAAGUUUUGACUGUAAUCAAAACCACUGAUAGCAAGACAUGGAGGUGCCAGGCGGGUGCAAAUGCCAGAGCUUUUCUCCGACUUGAUUUGCAGGCUACUGUUCCAUAGACUCACAGCUGGAUUAUGUAAUGCUCUUAAUUUGUUAAGCUCUUUAGUCGAUGCAAGAUUUGAGUGUAAACACGUUAAGUAAAAUUUGCACUCCUGCUCAACGCCUUACAGAAGUUCUGCAGGUUUUUUUUUAUCUCUACUUUGGCUCGACAAACAAAUGCUGACUACCAGCGUGGCCAGAGUUCAAGUUUGUCCCAGAAAUAUUUCAGUCAAACUGCCAGGCCGUCUUGCAUGUCUCAAUACCAGUUUGAAUUGCAAAUCUGUGGCCACAAAACCUCUCCGACUCAGUGCUGUUUCUCUCUCCUGUUUCUGAUCCACUGUUGUGCUAACUUCUGCCUCUUGCUACCCCCUUCCACCCACCAGUCCACCCACUUAGAGGAUCAGAAGGAAAAUCGUGUGUUAGCCUUUCCUUCUUUUUUUUUUUUUUUUUCCAGGGCAGCAUGGUGCUCUGGGAUUCAGCCAGCUGGAGAUCGUAGCCUCUGGGCAGCUAGUUGUGACUUAAUACACACCUUUAUGCAAUUAGGCUAAAAUGUAUGUUUGUCAGCGCAAUCCUGUUUCAUAUUGGGUCACGAUCUAAAGCCCAAACUUUGCAACAGCCUCCAGUUUUGCCUCAGUGGAAUCAAAAUUGACCUGUUGAUCUUCAUCUUAGUGUGUUUGUUCCAACAUUGUAAUUGUGUUUUUCUCUCAUCAGGCAAAACCUGUGUAUGGAGGAUGGUUACUGCUUGCACCUGAGGGAACAAACUUUGACAAUCCCUUGCACAGGUCUCGGGUAAGUGGUUCCAUUACUGGAGAAUAAUGCUCAAAACAGGGCCAACAAAUCCUUUCUGAUUUUUUUUUUUAUGGAGGAACUGCUAUUUUUGUGUCAUGAAAACACAAUGGUGUUCUUAAAAGGGAACUAUGUCUUCAAAAUAUGCACUAAAUAAAUGCUUUAUCAGGGCAGCUCCAAGGGUUAAUUUUGCUAACCUUUUAAAGUACUUAUUUGACAUCUGACAAACAGGAGGUCUGCUUCUUGCUGCUCCUGUCGCUGUUCUUGUAGGAGGCCUGGCCCUGGAUCAGAAAACUCCCCAUUCUCAGGCAGUAAUGGGCCUAAUAUUGACUUUUAUUUUUAUCAACCCUGCUCCCUUAGCAUCAUGUAAUGAGAGCCUUCUUAUGUUACACCGCUUCCUUUAUCAGCCCUCCCGGAUUAUUCUGUGGUGUUGCAUCCCAGAGAGGACUUGGGAGUAUGUGGGGGGAAGAGAAGAGGGAAGAGUCCCAGUUCUCACAGCCACACUGAUGGCUUCCAUAUGGGUUUUGGUGAAAAGCACCUCCAGAUCCUUCAACUCAACUGCUGUCAACAGCUCGCUGCUGUUGCUUUGACGUAAUCGUUGAAGCGUUCUGCCUUUUCUUACAAUCAGCUCUUGACUUUCGGGAGAUAAUUGUCGGCCUGUUCUUGGCGCUGAGGUGAGCAGGUUGGUCAGGUUUUGACUGACCAAUGAGUAAAUAACAGAGAAAAGGAGCUGACAUGAUAGAUGAGUCAUGUUUUAGGACCACUUAGGUUGGACAGGUUGUGGGUUUGAAUCUUUAUUUCUGGUCUUAUCUCUGUUUCCUUUUUCACGGUUAUCUUUAACGGAUAUUCCUGUUAACUUAACCCGAGCAGCUCACCAACAUCCUCUUUGAGUCGAAGGUCCUUUAGGUUACAAAGCUCCUCUCUUCAAUAUUUUAUGGAUUAGGCCCAGUAGGUAUUGGAGAGCAGGAUAUUUAAUACCAAGACAAAACGGGGCAUUAAGAUAAGGGGUCAGUGGAAAGCUCAUUGAAUCAAUAAGAAAGCUAAACGGAUACUGUCAACAUGCCCUCUAUAUAAAUAUCUGCAGAAAACCUCAAUGAUAAAGAGAUUACAUGGACAUCCAAAGUUUGUGAGAUUUACUAUUGUUGUUGUUUUAGAUCUAUCAAUCAUCACAGAGUGUAUUUUUUAUAUCAAGACAUAGAAAACUGGUUGAUUAGUAAUCUAGGGGGCAUUUAAAUCAUUCUGAAAUGAUAAUUAAUAUGAAAUACAUGUAGAUACAGAUAUAGGCCUCUGGUUAAUGUUAUAAAAAGUCUGAUACUACCCCCUGCUUCAAAUGUUUUUUUGUUUCUUUUUUUCUUCAGUGAUAAUUAGCAAGUCCCAUUUUCCUUCACAAAUUGAUCAACAACAAAAAAAAACAACUAAAAACUGGAUGAUUGAUUUUGAAAACAGAGGCAUGAUUAAAAAUGUUCUCCACUCGGCUCUAAAGCCUUGUGAUGUGGUAAAAGCUGAAAGUGUGCCAAGUGAAAACUAGGCUCCUGCAUUGCAACUGUGUCCCUAAGGCUCGCAUACCCUUGUGUGUUUACUGUUUAUAUGUGAGAGCUCCUGUGUAGUUGCCAAGUCUUUAUACCCGCAGGUCCACUACCGUAUGAGAUUUAAUGUCUCAGUGUGUUUGUGGAUGGAUGUGUUUACAGAUCUAAUAUUAAAUCUGUGGCUUUAUAUUGACAGUUGUUUCCAUUCUGGCACAUAUUUAAUUAACAUCUGUAAAAGCCAUGCUUCAUAUUUUAUAAGUUGCUUCAUUUUGAUCUGGUGUGAUGUUUGAUGCUGAUGAAUCUUUAUUGGUCAUGUGACUUUGUUGUUAAUCAAAAUUUCUUUUUUUUUUUUUUCUUUCCCAAUAUAGAAAUGGCAAAGGAGGUUCUUCAUCCUGUAUGAGCAUGGCCUACUCCGCUAUGCUCUGGAUGAAAUGGUGAGUGGAAGCUUUAAAAAACAAGGAUUUGUUGUAAAAAAAACAAAAAAAAACGAUUUUUGGAGUGUUGCAUACCAGCUGGGGGGCAUCUGUUGGCCUGUUCAAGCAAAUAAAAACAGAUUUAUGGCUUUCUGGAAGAAUUCAUCAUCACAUAUUGUCGAUUUGAAUGGUCGUAUUUAGGGUAUUGGCCUCGGUAAUGAAUCCCAUCAAACACUGAUUUUACAGAGCAUUUCUUCUUCUGUGUUAAUCUGCUGUUAAUGAAACCUCAGCACAAUACCAGGCAGUGAAAGGGAAGUGAUUAUGCCCCUUUUAACUUCUGUAGUAUUUUAAUAGGAAACUGCUGGAGGAAGUGUCGAGUUUGCAUUGCCAGCACACAGCAAAAACACACAAACACCAACAGAUGACAAAACAUGUAAGCUUAAACUGAAACAAGAUCGGACAAAGUCAUCGACCUCGUCUUUUUGGAUGAAGUUAUGAAGAAACCUAAACAUUAUGAAUUCAUAGUCACUCAUAAUAUUCCAUAGCAUUAAAACUUCUAGUUUGCCUGUAUCACUUGCUGUCUCCUCACAGUUAACACCAGCGCUCCCUGUCAUACAACAAGUAUUUAGUGCGUGUGUUAAACACUGGGCUAACUAACACAAUGGUGUCAAAGGAAUCAAGUGACACCACAUGGUGUUGAUACUAAAAGUCAUGUGCCGAGCUGUGUGUGUUUGUUCAAGGGGCUUACACGCCGAUUGUGCAAGAGUCCCAUGAUGACUUUCCCCACUAAGAGGAAAAAUGGAAGAAAGCUCCACAUGGAGGAAAAAAAAGAGAAGUUUGCAGUGAUUUUGAUUGACACAUGUAGGCUUGUAUCUGCACAAUAGUCAUAAAGUUGAAAUGUAGACCAAAUAUUGUUUGAGUUCAUCUUUUUGUAGAAACAGUACUUUUUUCUCAGUUUUGUGUAUUGCAGCAUGUGGGCAGGCUGAAUAUUGAUUGACCCAAAGCGACACUCAACAGCGUUUUUUUUUUUCUAAACAUGGGAUGUGUUUUGAAAUGAGCUGAAAGCAGAAGUAGUUGAAACAGCACUUGCUUUGUUGCUUUUGACCCUUUCAUACUGUAUGUGGCAUUCUCUGGCAGAGCACAGAGAUACUCCGAGGUUUUAUGUAACAGAGGCCGCAGUAGCCUGGAUUCUGUGUGGAUUUUUUUUUUCAUGUCUAUGUCCUUCAGGGUCAUUUACCCUGAUAGAUGUUUGCUGUAUGUCCAUGGGAAGGCUUCAGUUUGCAUAUAAAACCGUGAGCAAAGAAGGUUUGUUUUUAAAGCGAGUUCAAUCAUGCUAAACAUGGGAAAACAUGUUAGACUGGGCUUCAUUUCUUCUCCAAAACGGAGCCAGUAAAAUCAUAUUAGUGCAGCACUGGUGGAGAAGAAAGAUGGAUGAUGUGUUUACUGGAAGAAACAAAAGAAAGAGGCGGAUGUCCUCCUCCCUAUUCAGCUGCCUCCCUGGAUGUCACUCUUGAUCUUUUCAUCUCCUUUCUGAAUGCUUGAUCAAAAGGAGAGGAGGGGUGGGAAGGGUCUGUGCAGAAAAUAUCAAAUGACACUAAAUAUAGACCCUCACUUGUCACACCAGACCCAUUAGAAUAAAUGUUCAACGAUUAAUAGCCACAAAACUUGGCUUAUCUACACUGAAGUCUGACAAUUGAUCUCUGAACAAAGCCGAAAAUUAGCAUCAUAACUCUGUCUCAGUUAUCAAUCAGCUUAGUCUACUUUUGAGGCACUUUGUAACUGUGCUCAUGGCUGAUCAAUAUCUGUUCUUGUUUGCUGAUAAGUGAAAGAGCAGGUUGGCUAAUGGUUGACAGAAUGAUAAUAUCAAAUUAUUUUUUGCAUUUGAUUAAAUACAACAAUUUAUAAUGACACCUAUUAUCCCAUGUGCAAUCUCAUAUGCAGUCUUAUUAACUGUGUUACAACAAUAUUUUAGAUGAACUUUUAACUAUUCAUGAAAUUGAAAAACACCUAAGAUUGUACUGUUGGUUUCAGAGCAUGGCUGAUAUUCAGUGCAUGCUUCAGCUUAUGUCGAUCAUUUGCCAUGAAAUGUCAUUAAUCAUGCAUAUCAGACAGUUACAACUACAGACGAUUGAAUUUAUUUAUUAUUUAAGUUAUUCUUAUUCUAUUCUUAUUCUUAUCAAUCAGAUUAAUCUGCUUAUCUGUCUCUCCAUUUUUUAUCCUCCUGGAUUUCUGGUUGUGGUCACAGACUUGAGAAUUUUUGCGUUAUUUGUAAGAGGCGGUUGUUGGCAAACAUCAGCACAUAAAUGGUCUAGACCCCAAUCUUACUCUUUUAAAACCUACCUUUUAUUUGGGUCAGUACAGUAAUUAGCUAUUUUAACUUUAAGGUGAAAACAUGAAAUAAAUAUAGUGCUUCAAAGUGAUUUGUUCAAUAGCUGGUAUUGAUUUGCUAUCUUGUAGAGUGCUUUUUGUUUUCAUGUAGAGAGCAUAAUGCUUCAUAGUUACAAUUAGCAUAUAGUUACAAUUAGCAUAAAAUACAGGAAAGGAACCAACCUCUAGAUCAGUUUGACUGCUGCCUUUUGAAUGACAGCAGGUCAAAGCUAACGAUUGCCAGCAACAUUGCUCCAGACCACAUCAGAGCCCACUGAUCAGAAAGGCCUUGUUAGGGAUGCAGAUCAGGAGGUGCUGUUUUUCUCUCAGCCUACUUUUAUGGCUCUUGAAUUUUGGCUCUAACCAAACCCAGAUGGGCUGCGGUCCAAACCUCCAGGAUGUGGCACGGCUCUUGGGGGGGAAAAGGAAUGGGUUGCAAAGGCUUGGCCUUGACAGGGCCACCGAUUUGGGGUUGCCCACCUACGGUGAACACCCAACAUUUUGCACCACUGCCAUCAUUUAAUGCUUAAAGAAAAGCUACGGCUUUGAUGAGACAAGUGGUAGGAAGAAGAAAGUUCAUUAGGAGGGAUAUAAAGAGAAAACAUUUGCUGAUUUGAAGGAUGGAGAGGGUGGCUGUAAAUGUUGCUGCCCUGCCAGGCUAAUGUGCAUUUUAAGCUAGUUCAAAAGAUUUUGGAAUAUUUUGAUUUGUUUGCAGUAAAAAUGGAAAUUCAGCCCCCAGCGUUUGCUGUAGGUACAAGCUAUGUUUUCCCACAGAAGCCCAAUGCAGUUAUUUCAGGAAUACGUUGCCAUGGUAACGUGUUUUGUUCCAUUGUCCAGCAACAGUUGACUGUGGCAUGUGUAGCAUGGGCCAGUUAUUCUGUGUUUUGUGGAGAGCUCUAGCUGUCUCUGACCUGACUGAAGGGAAAGAGGACAGAACGCUCUGGAUACAAAGCUCGAGUGUGUGGGCUGAAGCCGUCUCCAGGCUCAGUCAGAUGGUGAGCAAGCCUUUAGUAGCUGUGAGGAAGAAAAAAAAAAAAAACACCAGACACAGCACUGAAACAAAUGUGCAAGGCUGGAUGGUAUAGAGUGAGAGUUUGUGCUGAGCUGCACAUGUUUCUGCGUGUGAGGGGGGUAUGUGUACGUGUGUGAGUGUGAGUAAAUGCACCUGGGACCAAGGGUGCUUGUCUGCAAAGGCCGUGUCAGGAACAGGUGUUGCAAAGGUUUGAGAAACCUUGGGCUUUAAUCUGAUUUAAGCUUUAGCCGUCUCAGUUUGAUUAAAUAAAAAAAGCAUUAUUGAUCUUUGACUAGAGACAAAUUGUUUGGAGCAGCUUGAACUUAAAAACACACAAAAAAACCCACCUUAAUAGGAUAGUUUGAAGACACUCAAUAGUUUUAGAUCAUAUGUGUAAUUUUCCUUUUUUUUUUAUUUAAAUUUUUUCAUUGGGCACUGCUGGCCUAGCUGUAUAUGUCACGCGCCAUAUAUGGAGGAUAUGCCUCAAGUUGGCCGCCCAGGUGUGAUUGCAGCUUGUUGCUCCUUUCCCACUUAUCACCUCCUGUUCUCUCUCCCCAUCCACUGUCCUGUCCCCUCUAAAUAAAAGCAAUAAAAAAAGAUAAAUAAGAGUAAGGCUUAGUUUUACUGGCAGCUCAAACAUAACACUAUCUGUGGGGCUUUAGAGAAAAACUGCUCGGUAGAUCACAAUCAAAAGAAAACUGAAUACUCGCCACUGACACAGUGUAAUAACUAUCAGGAGAAAAGAAAAAAUGAAAAUAAACAAUGACUACCUAACACAACAGUGUGAUUGAGCUGUUCCAGUUGUGAAAGGGAUAUGAGAAACACACAACCACACGCACAAAAUCCAUUAUCACCUCAUGGUUAGGGCAGGUACGUGGGUGUGAAGAGCUCCACAGCACAGAAAAGCUCCUUUGAUGACAUCGCACAGGUUCAAAUGAUCAACACCCACGUUAUAAUAACUGCUUUUGCUACGCUGUCCGAAAUACCACACAACACCUAUCUCCCAUUGACCCUGUUUUGACCUGAUUGUUACUCAUCCACACUCACAAAUACUCACACACACACACACACACAGUCCUGAUCAUAUGAUCUAGGCUGAUGUCUCGAUCUCAGUUGUGGUCUCUGAGCUCACACUGAAUCACAGCCUCAGUGUUUUAACAUCCUCAGAUUAUGAAGCUUUUUCGCAGCAGCUCUCUAAUUACUGUCAACGCUGUAUUGUUUACAGUGUUCUCUUACUGUGUUUGGAGGCUUAUGUAGCUGCUUCGUAAAGAGGCCACACUUUACAUUCUCAUACUUGUCAGCUAAUGCAUUUCAGUCCAAGCAGAACAUGAACAGUAUACCUGCCAAUGAAAAGAGGCUGGCUCCUCACAAAAGGCCCAUUCGGACACACAUGAAUUAAAGACUGCAUCUACCCAAGUUGACCAUUUGUAUCACAGGUUUUCCUUUUAUUUCGUGCAGAACAUGAUGUUCUCAUGGCGUUUCAGGUGUUGAAGUCAUUCUCAUUUGAUGUCAGCUCAGUGAAUUUCCUGUGUUUACUGGAAUUCAAAUAGGUGACCCCUAGCCUCAUAGCAGCAUCCAAAAACAGAGACUUUCCACACAUUUCCCACACAUUAGUGCAUUCUUUUGACUUGAUGCACUCUGCUCUGCUGCUUCACUGCUGAAUCUUCCAGACAUGAGCACAGUUUGCCUUCAGAUAUGUUAGACCUUUUGAACAUGCUAAAACAUGCACAAACUCGCUACCCUUUGUUUUUUAGAGGGCUGUUUUUAACCAACUUUGAUGAGCUUUUGUGUUUGGGUAUGGCGAAAGCUUUUUGGGAUGUACUGUAGGUGAGUGGACAGGGUCCUCCAGAGCAGUGUUUUGCCUUCAGGCAUCUUUGUGGGGAAUAAGUGGUAUCUCCACCCCUUAAAAUUAGGGACACUUACAGGCAAGCUUCACGCCAGUCCUCAGCUCCUAGAAAGCCAUGGGAAACAGGGCGGAAAAGGAGAACACAUGUUUGUGUUACAAUGUAAGAUGCAAAGAUUUCUGAUUAAAGGCAGAUUUGAGGUUGAAGCAUGUGAUUUGGAGUGAAAGGCCAAGAAUGAACAAGAUGCUGCCAAUGUAGAUAAGAGUUUGCAAGCCCUCCAUACUGGAUCAUUGUGGAUUGUUUACGGAGCGUGGGCCCUGGUCGAGGCGUGUGUUGUUUUUUUGGAGAUGCGGUGCGUGAGAGUCUUCUUUAACCCCUGCCCUUGCUUCCCCAUGGUUCCAGUAGGAACUGAUCUGCUGGAAUGUAAACAGCCAUGGAUUACAGUGGGGUCACUGUUCCCAUUGCAAAAAGCCACAGAACCAUGGGAACAGCCAUUCAUACAGCUUGUAAUCAUCAGGGUCCACAACUCUGUAAAUGCCACUCAUCUUAAUGGGAAGCCCACACCCCAAAAGCUGUCAGCCAGCAGAGCAUAUUGGUAAGAGGGGAUUUUUGUGGCUUUUUGGCUGUUUUGCUGGUUUGGAGUUGCAUACAGGGUGUUUUUAAUGCAUCAUGUCAUUGCCUGCCAGGCCGGGAGUCAACAUCCUCCAGUUCCAUAGGAAUUGUUAAAUGAUAGAAAGGGGGGAAAAAAAGCCUCCCGGUGAAGCUCUUCAUGCAGUUCAGGGCUAAUUCACCGCACUGGAAGCAACAGGCCCCCUCCAUAAGUCGAAGAUCAGUGUGAACAUGUCAGUUCAUGGGAGCUCAGGUUUUAAAAGUACUGCACCACACCUACUGCUUUUCCUGUAAAGUUAAUGUUUGAAGUUUUAUCAGGAUGACAAGCAGUGUUAGGUCAUAACAAGUGUAAUCAGAAAACAGGUUUGGUUUUCGCUCUGUCUUUUCUCACUGUCUCAUUCCUCUUGCUCAUCACAGCUGAAAUGAGUCUGGUUCCAUAGAAGGUGUCUGCAGGUUCAAAUGAUCUUUGACUGACAUAGGCCCAUCUGUGAAUAAUGUGCCUGUCACCGCCUGUUUCUUAUUUCUUGGUCAUCUGCAUUGAAUUUAAUUUUGACUAAACCACUAAUCUAGUAGGAAGACACUCAGAAAACAGUCAAAAUUGAGUGUGAUCUAUUUAACACAGCUGAUCAAAGGAUAACAGAGUCUUUUGGUGAACUGUGCCAAUUGGUUUUCUGAGUGUGGCUAAUGUCAGGAGAGCUAGGACCACCAGCCUUUGAUCCACAUGUUUGUCCACAUGCUUCCAGCUCGGAGUUAGAUAUAAGUUUCACCAGACACUACAUACAACUUUCACUUCAUUUUCUGGAUUAAAAUACAGCCACCCACCUCACUAUGAGAUGUCAUCUCUGUUGGUUUACUUCAGGUUAGUGGAGCAUUGUAGCAUUGUGGCAUAAGCUGUUAACUGGGGCUUCCACCUUGGCUGGUGGUUUUUCACUGGCAUCUCAGGCCUACAAAAAGAAAUUAUUUAAAACCUUUUCAACCAAAUUGAGACAUGCUUUGGUUUUUUCAAGUGGUAUUUAAAGAAGGGACUCGGAGCGUCUUCUAGAAACAGUUCAAGUACAUUAAGAUAUCAUUGCUCCUAGCCAAGAAGAAUUACAUAGAAGUAAUGCAUGAUCUCAAAAUAAGGUUUUCUUUAUACAAUCAGCUCAUCUCAGAAAUUAUGAAUUUAAACAGAUUUUUCAUUUGUAGCCCUUUAACUUUAAACUAUACUGAGAGUCCCUUAGUGCAUGUUGUUGUCUAUAAUGUAUAAGUACCAUAAGUACUAUAUAUUUGAGCUUCAGUGUUUCUGCAAGAUCCAAGCCAAGGAGGCCGCCUUACUCUCCGCUUAGUUAUAUGAGAGAUGAUUGACCUGACAGCAAGAGCAGAUGUAAAUGUAGCGUCUACUGAAAUCAGACUGGGGUAAUUUGGUUGUCCUUGAUGGUUACAUCCACACUUAUACAGAGGUUCUCAUUCACCAGCCUGCAAAGAAGAGCCUCCAAAGAAUUCAGACAGACAUGAACUUACAUUACUUAAGCAUGCUGGAUGAAGAGGUUGGCUGUUUUUUUUAUUUUUUUAUUUUUAACCAGACUCAUUUCUCAUCCGGUCUUUAAGUCUGAUUUUCCAGUGUCUUUUCUGUGCUUUCUAGUUAUUCCCUUGGCUUUAGUCACCCGGAUGUGGCUGAGAUAUGAUCUUAUCUCUUCCACUUGUCUACUGUUUGAAUUCUUCCAUUUCUCCAGUCAGAAGUCCAGUAACCCCGUCUGGCUCCGAUCCAGGUCUGCUCUCUAAACAUUAAACCCCUCCUGAGCUCCCUGAGUGUCAGCCACUAUUCUACUUGGCAGCACUUUGGUCACUUUUACAGUCUUUAUCUUUCAGAGUGUAAUUUAAAGCAGUUACUUUCAUUAGUGUUGAGACACACAUGGAGGACUGCCUGGAAACAUGCUCCCAGCUGAUUCGAAACUCCACUUAAUUGCACUUUUUGUUUGUGUUGUAAACUCUCAGGGAUCAAAUAUGAAUAACAGGGACCUCCCCCUCCCUCACCACUCUUCCCCAUUUAUUGUGUGUGUGUGCGUGUGUAUGUGUGUUUCAACAAUAAACGGCUUAAUGAGUCUAAAAAUAAUUGCUGUCAAAUUACAUGUAUUAUAUUCAAAUUACAGUCAAUAAAACAGCAUUGUUCUCCAGUGUGCGCACUCAGAACACACACAGGGACUGUGCUGCCGGUCCAUGAUUGGACGAGUGAAAAGUGCAGUUAAUCUGGAAGAGCAAACACACUGGACCGGGUCAGACUGAAAUCACCUCAGCAUGCAACAGUUUGUCCUCUCGUCACAUAUCACAUGAAAACUUUUGCAACUUUCAAAUAUUUCCCCUAGUUUAAGGUUUGACUCAGUCCCUCAGCUUUAACUUAUGUGAGCUGUACACAAGGGUAGACAGUCCUUCUCUUCAGCCCCCUGCUCUAUUAUUAUAUUAGUGUUCAGUGUAGCGUGAGCCUGUGGACAGGAUCAUUUCACACAGGGCACUAGGCCUAUCACCACCUCGGGUAAAGUAGUACUAUAUUGCUCUUAGCAAAUGGUUUCUCAUAAGGUAUCACUUUUCUGCUCAUGUGGGACUCCUUCUGAUGGGCACAAGGAUUUUCUCCUUCAGUUUCUUGGUGAUAGUGGUUGUCGUGUUGAGCUUGAAUGCUUAAUUUAAAAUAAGUUCCUCUUUUUUUCCCUGGAUGUCUUUGACCGUUCUCCUCUUUGCACCCUCCUUCAUUUUCUUGUUCUUUUUCAUGAUUUCCAGCCAUUCAUCAUCUAGAGAAAGGCCGGCUCCGGGUGGCUUUGGCUAAACCAGUGUCCACUUUCCCUUGCACGGCCCUCACUUUCACUUUCCCAUUACUCAGUCCGAUUCACUUUCCCCGUCCUUUUUUACCUCCUCGCUUUUCUCUUAUUCUGCCACUCUUUCGUAUCUCCGUCUUUCAUUCCAGUUUCUCACUGGCCAAUAAAUCAUUUGUGUUGGAGAGAGCAGCCAGAAGUAUUGUGUAACCAGCCCCCCAGACCCCCACCUACCACCACCACCACCAAACCCUCCCUCGUCUAUAAAACCAAACACGGCCUGACAGGCUGCUCGCUCAGUUUGUUCUAAACACUAGAGCAGGACACCAACAAAAGGUUUCAUUUAAGGCAUCAGGGUGAGGGGCCAGCUCUGAGACAGGCACUAAUAAAACAGUGGGAGAGGUGGGAAGGUGUCUGUAUGUGCGUUGGAGGGGGUGUAAGGACACUGAGAAGCAUUUCCAAUACAAAGAUGGGAAAUACAACCCACGUUUUCACACCACCAGUAUCCGCUGCUGUUAUGUGCCAUUGAAGUAAGAUGUGGCAGCACGCGUCCUGCAUUUUAGCUUUAAUUUGCAGUAUGAGGUUGUGUGGGUGGAUGGCAAGUUGACGUCUCUGUUGGAUGAAGUGUGGUUGUGACACGGUCUAUCAGACUGUUGUCAUGGCAGGACACGGCCACAGCUGCAGUCGAAUCAGUCGCAACAGGUGCAGGUGUAUUGGAUGAACUUUGAACUUUCACCUCAGCUUGGCGACCCGCCAGUCCAGCCACCUGUUAAGGUUAAAGCUUUGCAGACCAGAUAUUUUUAGUUAGGAAGGAAAGUGCAGCCCGGGAACACUGUCUGGCUGUGAUUCAUAUAAAUACAAUAGUUAGAGUAUAAAUGUUAUACUGUAGACGUGUGCAGGUGAAAAUGUCUUCCUCUACCAUAUCUGGGCCUCAUUUUGCCCAUGAAACUUUCUUGUUAAACCCACAUAACCUGCAGCUCCAGUGUACUGGCUCGCUCUGAACUGCUGUUGGGUGAGCCACUCGCUCUUUAAUAACCCACUCCCGCUUCCUAAGGUCCUGGCCCAAAAUUCCCAACUCAAGCAGCCACGGACUGGCCAAACUCCAGCCUCAGCACCUAAUCAGCUUAUUGCACUCUGUUGCUUUAAAGAGAAAGCAACAAAAACACGCCCUACCUCCUCAGUUUAACUGCAGUCCCCUGGAUAAGUAACCACUGACAAAGAUAACAAAAAAGCAAAAGACUGAUAUAAAGUAUAUAAAAAAAGCCCUGCCCUGAAAUGCUGAUUAUUGUUUUGAAUAAAAUAAACACAUCGAUGAUAAAAUAGCCAAGUUGUCUGGCAUUUUAUUCCAAACAUCAACAAAAAAAGUUUAAAAUUCUGUAAUUAAUCAAAUUUGAGCCUCCCAAACACGGCAUUGUGUUGUGUUCAGUUGAAACUGGCACAUCUCUGACGAGCUGAACUGCUGAAUAAUCUUAAAUGUUUGUAUACAUGAACCUGAUUACACUCUUAACAUCCUUUUGCUCUUGUCAGUUUGUUUGUAUUGUGCAUUUUUCCUCAAACAACGCAGUCAUUUGUAUUUUCUGUUUGAGUACUAACCAAACAUUGUUAGGAGUAGUCAAAGAUACCCUGCCAUGGACCGCUGGUUUCAUAUUUCUGGUGUUGCUUGAUUGAUGUUUCAUUAAAAAAAAAAACAAAAAAAAAAAAAAAAAAACUGUCCGUUCAACCUUUAAAUGCUAUCUUGUAUUAAAGCUACCAUGAGGAGGUUUUGGCUGGUUAUGAAACAGACUAAAAUUCAUAUCGAUGUGUCUUUGUUGGCUAAACAAAACAAUCAGCAAGAAGAUUGGUUAUUCUGUCUGCUAAUAUUUAAUGCUUGAAACUACUGCCAUUGGGUAGACAUUAGUUUGAGGUACAGCCUAGUGUAGAAACAAAAUCUCUAAUAUUACACAUGUUUGCUGUUAAUGUUACAGUAACAUCUGAUGCAUUCAUAAAGUUAAGUUUGUGGAGACAUAUUUGGCCAACCCGAACUUGUUUUGAUCAAACAACAACCUUAAAGUUAAAAAAGAAAAAACUGCACUACCUCAAAUAGCCACUUGAGGCUGGCUGCAGGAGCCAAGUCCAUUUGGUGCAUGUUAAAAUACUCAACUUAACAGCAAAAUUAAACAUUUUUACAGUCUAAACAAAGGAGAGUUUGUGUAAAAAGCUCAUUUAUAUAAAAAAAACAGAGCUGAUGGAAAGAUGGGUGUACUGUUGCUAUUUUAGAGGAGGCAAGAAGUCAGCCUCUGUUUUAGCUUUUUUUGAUGUGUCUAGGUUAAUUAAAAUUUACAUUGAGUCAGCAUUUCCAAAAUUGUGUGCUGUCAUCAGAUUCAAGAACAUCUUUUCAGAAACCAAUAGGUGAUGUUAUAGAGGCUAUGCCCAUGUUUGAUAUCAAUGGUUUUGAUAUUUUUUAAAGUACAGCAGUCCCAGAAAACAUAAAGAAAUCUGGAGUUUUCUAAAAAUGAUCUUUCUUAUCUUCCUCUGUUUCCAUCUAAUGUCUGUUCAGUCUAUCAGGUUAACUCCUGCCCAGCAGAUCUCUUUCUAUAGGAAGCUGCUCCUCAGCUCUGUGGAAAAAUGGCUUGCUCUGAAACUGAGGAAUCAGCUGAAUUCCCUGAGGAACAUUUUCCUACCCCCCUGUUUUCCUUUCCUUCUGCCUGAUGGGCUAAUUUGGGUUGACUUAGAAAGGCUUUGGCAGAUUUUCAGUCAUUAUCACAGAGGUAGUCGAGGUCUGACUGCCAGGCUUAUGUAAUUCCUUCAGAUUGUGCAGACAAAGCUGCACAAACAGCUUGUUGUUAACGAUGUUCAAGGGUUUAGGUUUAUUUAUGCAUUGCUUUAUUUUGAAGCAACAGUUUUUACUGAGACCCCAACCACAGCUUAUAAUGCCAGCCUUUUCACCUUGGCCUACUUUCCAAAGUGCUGUGUCAGAGCUCAGUGUGGGACACUGCAGUAAUCUAGACACUGCUGUUUCGGGGCACAUUGUGAUCUUGGAGCAACUGAGUUUUUUCUUUUUUUUUUGCACUGAAAACAAAAGCUGUUCCUAAAUCUGCAAUUGUAGGACUUAAGUGCUUUAGAAGUCAGUCAGUGGCACCGUGUCAGUCUGAGCAGUAAAGCCAUGUUUCCUCCGGAGCCACUGAGGAAUUUAAGCCCAAGAAGCUCCAAUUCAGCCUUUUUUUUGUCUGUAUUUCCACAUCCAGCAAAAAGACGCACGAAGGUCUGGCAAAGUAGCCUGCAAACGAGGGAAAGUCCCACAUCAGUUUACAUCUGCUUACACACACUGACCAGCUAUAACAUUAUUAACACCUGGGCGAUGUAAUGCAAUCCAAUACAUCGGCUCUAUCAUAAAUUCUCCUUUCAGCAAACCUCUAAACUUUCAGUUUCAGCCUAAUGUGAUCAGAUGGGUAAUUAUAGGGCUGGGUGAUAAACCGAAUGUACCGUUACAAAAGUUUAAAACAAUAACCAACGUCAUUUUGCCCAUGUCAGUAUAUUUGCUGUUAAAAAAUAAAUAAAUAAAAGUUUGUUUUGGAUGUGUGUAGGUAGGCUAUGGUCUCAUGUCCCUUUUUAAGACGCUGUCCUACAUCAAAGAUGUGAUUCCACCCCAUCCAGUCCAUAACAAAGAGGGAAAGACAGGUGAGGAGAUGGAGGACGGUUCAAAAGUUGUAGCGGCUAGAGCGGCGGCUAAAGUAGAUGAAAUUAAUGUGAGAGGGGGUGAGCAGCUUGUGGAGUAGUUAUCAUUUAUUUAUCAUUAUCGAGGUGAACUGCUCAGUAUAUUGUGAUAUCCAUUUGAGGCCAUAUCGCCCAGCCCUAGGCAAUGAUGCUACUUUAUGCGUAUUAUUGAAGAUGUAGUGAGAGUGGUAUAUUGAAAAGUGUUUCUAAUAUAUGAUCUGCUUUGUUAACAAACACAAGGGGAGCAAAAUAUCAGGAAUACCUUUAAAUAAAAUGCACUCCAGCACAUCACCAACAUCCACUACAACUUCAGCCAUUUAUUGAUUAAAGGCCCACGGUUUCUGUGUUGAGUAACAUCAAGGACAUCAUACAAUGACAAAUUUGAAAUCUGAGUAGUAGCUCAGGGAAAUAAAAGGGAGAGUAGAGUGUGUAGUUUCUCAGGUUUGUUUCCAACCUGGGAAACCACAAACUCUCAGACGAGUAUAAAGAGCCAACUCAACAUGACAGAACUCGAUCAUAGCACCUGUUUCUCCAGCAGGUACAACCGCUCCGUCACCACCCAGACACAGACUGACUGCUUUCUCACACUCUGUCUGUCCUGCAGUUAUUCAUUGAUUAGUGUUAAUGCAUAACAUAGACUCUGCUAAUGCUACAGCUGCAGUUCUGCAUGUAGUGAACUGCUCAGUUUACUACCUUCUCAUGCCUUUUGUCAAUACACCAGUACUGUCAUAAAAUAACAAAGAUCUUGUUCUUGUAGCUUUAUCCUAGCCUCGUUUGAAAAAGGACCUGCCGUACCAGCAGAGAAAAUAGCCUUCAUCCUCCAACUCUCCCUCGUCUUCCUCCUCCUCUGCAUUUGUCAGCUGCUGGCCUCCUAACACAGCACUCCACCACCCACAUCCUCUCACCUCUCUCGAUUAGAGGAGCAACGCAGCUACCACCCACAGUCCUCUCUGAAAUACCAGGCACAAAUAUGUGGGAAAUGUGCAGCUUUUAGUAUUUAGGCUCAUUUAUUUUUUUUCCAGAUUAUUGUGUUGAUACGAUGGUCUGGGACUUGGUCUUCCCUGUUGAGCUCUUCCUGUGUACCCAGGCUUGUUGCAAAUGCCUAUACUGUCUAGAGUGCAUACCAGCAGGAUGAGGUGUAUCUGAGAACGCCUGGAGGACUGUACUUGGCUCUGCAACAGAGAUGUCAGAUAUCCGCCAUAUGGCUUUUUUUUUUUUUUUUUUUGGAGCUAUAUGAUUGUCUUAAGCACAGGCAGAGGCUAGAAUUGUUAUUAUUAUAGCCCAGCCUGAGGUAAAUAUCAGGUGUGAUGUGCUGUCUUAAUAUCAUCUCGAUUGUGCUUGAAUUACAGGACAGUGAAGAUCCUGUUUAUUCACAAGAUUACAAUCAUCAUAGUCUCAAUCUGUCAUCUCCAGUUCCUGGCCAGAUUGCUGUGUCAGGGGUGUUUUUACCAUUAUCGUUGACUUAGGAAGGAACUUAAGGGGGAGAGAGUGGUUUGAUAUCCCUCUGCAGCAACUCUAAAGGUGACUGCAUCCGUCUGGCACCUGAGGAUAUUUCCCCGCGGCGGCUUGUUGGCAUGCUCGCUGGUAUCAAAAAACGUGUGUUUACUUCUGUUGUCUUAAGUUGCUAAGGAAAGAUUUAUUGCAUAAUUGCUGUUAUCUGUAACGAGCAAUGGGAUGUUGGACCCCGAAGAGGCCUGAUUCCUGGCCAUGUCAAUGAGUCAGGGUGAAGCAGUGCCAGUUCAUCAGCUCCCCUCGUCUUGAGUGAUCAAAGUGAAACAGCUCUGGAUGCAGAGGGAAGAACUUGGAAACAAAGCUUGAAGAUCCAGCUGCUACAUGUCUGAAGAAGAGUAAUGUAACUUAAUGAGUGGAAUUGUAGCUUUUGGAUUUGUCACCGGGAAAGUUGGCAGACACAGUGGCACCCUAUAAGAAAUAACAGAUGUUUCUGAUCAGCCAACAGGUGUUCAUAACUGACUUUUAUCACUGAGCAAUAUUGAGAUGAAUUUGAACUGAUCAGAAGUGACUGGGAGAUUAGAUGAUCACAUUAUGAUGUUGCAACAUGUGACUCGUCACUGUCGUUAAAUGCUGUUUCAUCAUUCCCUCAUGCUUCUCUAGACUGAGUCAGAGCACUCCUGCUUUCCAUGACCAGUAAUGAGUCUGUUAAACCCAAAAAUGUUGAUGGUAGGGGGGUAGGAUUCGCUUCUCAACCAAAAAUGAAAGUUAGACCAUCAGCCAGCUGCCAAAAGAAGCAAAUAUUUCUCUCGCUGUGUCAUAAGAGAGAAAGGGAUGUUUUGCUAAGCUGCAGAAUGGCCAAGAGUGAUGAGAGCUGAGGGUGCAGGGACGUGCAUGCACAGGGCUCAGUAAUUACCGCUUUCUAAACAGAGAGUUGGUUCCUAAUGAGUGCUGUAAAACUACACAACAUCUGGACAGAGAUCAAAAGACAUAUAAUUAAUUUGGAAAGGAGAAAAGAUCCUGGCAUUGACUCGACAAUAGAUCUGUAUGAUGACACAAUGACAUUUGAUUAGACAGCCUGCUGGCCUUGGGGUUAUUAAUUGUAGUUCUUGUUCCCUCUAAGUAAGCAAGGCUAGAAUAGAGUAUCUUUGUAUCCGUCUUUAUCCUACUCUGAAUUUUGCCAGCUGAAACAAAUGCGGCUCUUCAACACAAAGAGAUUCACAAAACUCCGGUAUUAACCUUUGUGGGUGCCAUGCUUUACUUUUAUCUCUCAUCUUUUUAGAUUUUAAAACACUUUAAGUCACAUCCAAAUAGUUUUACUCUCUAAGAUAUCUAGAUUUUACCUGAUGACGGAUUUCUGAAUUUAUUCAGUGAUUUUAGCUCCUUCUUUUUAUUAGAAAUGUCAAUUUAUUUUGGAGUGCUGGAUCUUCUUGCUGGUCAAAGCCUCUAAACAACAAACAGGGUAUUUUAAGAGCUAAUUGUGUAGGUUAUAGCCUUCAGCAAUGCUGCUCCUGCAUACCUACAGCCCAUGUUGAUACAGUCACAGCACUGUAACAAAGCUCCACUGUAAUGACAGUCUGCUGCCAGUAUGCCUUUGUAAUUUCAUAUUGUACUCAGCAACCACUAAGUAUUGGUUGCCCAAUGUGUAACUUAACACUGUUUUAUGGCAUUGCAGAGACACAAGAGGCCCUAACAGCAUGUAGAUCACCAACAGUGGAGUUCUCAUAAUACUGGUACUUUUACUUCAGUGUGAUACCAGUAACGUCAAAUUACGAGGUAACAUCGACACCUGUUUUUCAAGAAAGAAGACUCCUGUUUGCCCGCAACUGGACAGUCUUGCUCAUUUUGAUGAUUGUUAUGAAACAGAAAAGUCAUGGAGAUGGAGCAACAUUUGAUUUACUGUUAACAGUAAUGAAGGUAAAAUAGAUGAGACUUCCCUAAAACCCAAACUAAAAUUUACCUUUACAUGGAAUUUUAAGUGUUGAUAUGUUUCCUGGAGUUAUGAAAUUAUAUUAAAAAAAACCUUAAGUGCCUAAAAAUACGACUCUGGAGCUGUUUUUCAUACAUAAUUGGUGCAUUUUGACACUGUUGAAAAUAAACACAACUAUGACGGCACUGUUUCAAUGCAUGUUGUGUUGUAUCAAAGUAUUGACAGUUUUGACAAGAGCAAAUAUUCCAUUGACAAAAGUCGAGUUGACCCCUGUUCCUUCAAGAGAUGAUUUGACAUAUAGAUUUGAAUUAUGGAGCCAUUAAACAAAAACAUAUGUUCUCCUGAGCAAAAUAAUGACUGUUAAAUAGAUUACUAGUUAAUUUCUGUGAUUAAUUUCUGCAGUACUGUGUGCAAAGAUUGACAAUGCCUCCAUUUUUUUGUGCGCCACUUAAUUAUAGCAGUGACAGAAAGAUGGAUGUGACAGCUAAAUUGGCACACCUGUCUGUUUCCCUCCUGACUUGCCAAUCGUCACAGCCUGACUUACAGAAAUCAAAUCCCUUUCAGAUUUGUCCCUGCGUCCCCUUGAGACUCCGCUCAAUGGCUCCCAUCGAGACAGCAUUCAUAUUAUUGUCUGAGCAGCUCUAGAGACAAGACUAAGUUUAUGCUGGCUUCAUAAUUUCCAUGCUGGGAUCACAAAAGGACACUUGUUUCGGCCUCUUGUCUCUCAGUCAUUUCCUUGUUGAGGCUUAAGGGGAGGAGUGGCUCUGUGGACUGUGGCGGCUGACAAUCCCACAUUGUGUGAACUGGUGCUGCUUCACAAAGGGCCCAUUGUAGAGAGCGGUGGCCCAGGGAGAGGGGACCGGGUCUAGCCUAGGUGACAGCGAGGUGUGGGUUCGAGGGGCCUGGGUCCGGGGGCUGGAGCUGCGAUGGCUGGCCCAGAGUGAGGGGCGUGUAUUUGUGCUCAGCUGGCAGGGUGCUGGUGCAGGGAGGGCGCACGUGUGCGAGGAGUCCCGUGCUUCUAGUGCAGAAGGUAUACUGUACUCCCACUCAACCAGUACCUACUGCACACAAGCACUCAAAUCUCUCCCUCUCAGAGGUGAGCUGCUUUAUGAAAAUAGCUUUUUUAAUCAGAGCUGUUGUCAGAGUCUGAUUUAUUUUCUGUGUCCUAGAGAAUCCGAUGUGGUGAUUAUAGAACUGGGGGUAUAAGCUGCUUGUGCAACUGCUCUCAGAAUUUGAAAUAUUUUGCCGUUUAUCCUCCUCUGACUCCAGCUGAAGGACAAGCCAGCAUGUGUGCUGUACUCCAGAUUUGUUUACUCAGACAGAUGGCCUCAGCAGCCCAAAGUCAUAGUCCACAAACCCCCUUUUUUUUUUCCCCCUCCGCAUCGCUGUUCUCCUCCUCACCCACCAGCUUGAGAACUUAAUCCCUCUUUUCUCAGCCACGAUGUUUCCCACUCUCCGUCCCCAAAGCCAUGUCUGAGAGUGACAGGGCUCUCAGGUCAAGCUGACGCCAGUCUCUCUGCCCAGUCUGAAGCAGGCCCAGGCCCUCGCCCAGCUGUCCCAAAGGUCUAUUUGUCCGUCUGUCUGUCAAGCCCGGCUGUUGCCCUGGCCUCUCACCUUGGUGUCAAGAGCACUUUGGUGAUGUACCAAUUUAAGGUCACGGGCAUCGGUCAUUAAACCCAAAAAAUUGAGGUGAACUUUGAUUCUGUCUCUCGGUGGAACUUGUAAUAGCAUGUUUUGCACGGUGUAAUGGACCGUUAGCUUGUCCUUGCUGUCUGCUCAAUAAACAGAAAAAAUCACCGUACAUCAUGACAUGACCAUUUCCUACGAACACAUCUCAAUUGUCUGGAUUUAAAAAAAAAGAUGCUUCACAUAAAACAGUGCUUUCUCAAUCAGUAUUUGUUUGUUUAUUUUAAAUACCUAAUAAAUGGAGGCACUAGAUUACAGCCAUGCUUUCAAGAAGAGUUAAGCUAGCUACAAGCUACACCCGGAUCAAUUAGCAUCAGCUUAACUGUGAUAUGAAAGUAAAUAGUGUGUGUAUGAGUGGCAUAUAAACACUUCGGCGUGUGGAUGCAUGAUGUGGCGAGCAAGAUGGUCAGCCAGCUGGUAGCUGCUAAUGUUAGCCACACUUGGCAAACCAAUGUGACUUAGUUUACCUGCUGACUGUGAUUUUUUUGCCUGGCUGUGUGAUAUGAAAUUAGAUUCAACUUGAAGUCUUUUUGGAGUUUUUUUUUUCUUUUUGAAGCCAGAAUGUAGAUUUUUCAGAGUAUUUUAAGUUGAUUUUUGAUGAGGAAGAGGCAUGUUACAAACAGAGGUAUUGUGUUACAUGAAGAACAGCAGAUCUAGUACUUUGUAUGGUUACUGCAGUUUUCAUCAAUGUGAAACAUGUAAUUUUUUCUUUAUUGUGCAGGCAUGCAAGCCUGUGCCAACUUUCGACUCAAUUUUUUGUUACACUUUGGGACUGCAAUAAAAGAGUCAAGUGUGAAAGUGACAUUUAACGGUGACGGAGUAAACAGGGCCUCUCAUUUGCCCUCAGGGUGGGAUUACCACGGACUGUUAACUAUUGACUCCUCUGUCCACAUUAGAGGCCAUCCACCAGCUUGCAAUGCUCUCUUCCUGACAGGCUAUGGUUAUGCAGCACAAAUGAAGUCCCUCAGUACGAUUUAUUUAGUCACCAGCUAACAUGAUACCUUUUAAUUUUCUCUCUGGCUCUGUCUCCUAAUAUAUUCACAUUCAAAUGAAGGCUGUAAUUUAUUAUCAGUGGGUAGUACCUGGUACUUACAGCAUCGAAGCGUUGUAGUAUUUUAGUGUCUAUAACUUUGCCUUUGUGUUCAGUGCAGUGGAAGUGCCCAAAAGCUGCUCAAACGGUCACCUAUGCUCAGAGUACUCAGCUAUGCAUUUUCAUUCAUUGGACAAAUCAAAAUCCUUGAGUAAACAGAAGAUAACAAGGCUUCUCCCAUUUGCUUGCCAAAGUCAUUUAGAGGUCAGAGUUUGUCAGGUCAAAGCACUUUUCAACCAGUAACAUUUCUUGCAAUGUUUCUGUAUCUGUAAUUGCACCUGCAAAAGUGUGUAAAGUCAUUCAUCUAGAAAAAAAAUCUUGAUCCAGCACAACUGGUUCGCUUUUAUUCCUGUAGUGCACUGGACCAUGGAUAGAUUAUCUUGUUUGGUCCAAGUCAAACCAACAUGCUCCCAUUCAUUGUAAAUGAACUGUGUCUUCAUACAAAGCCGCUGUGUGCUAACAUAAACCUGCAUGAGAAACCGUAGGGCAUUGUGGCAUUGUGCACAGAGUAGUAGUUUUAUAGUGGAACUCCUGUGGUCAGGUUAUUUAUAUUUGUAGCUGACAGAUGGCCUCCACGUCAGUGUGCAUAGUCCCACCUCACAGUCAGGCAUCAGACAGAUUAAACUGAAAACCGCUCAGUGAACCUAUGAACCUGCGCUGAUUAUCAAUGGAGCAGAGCUGUUUUUACCACUCUUUGUUCCUCUUUUUAGACAGUCGAUCAACAACACAGCUUUGUAGAUGACAACUGAACAUGUUUGAAGGCUGUACUCCCCUGAGGCAAAUAAGUUAACAAAUGCUCAUCAUUUUGCAUAGAAAGGGCAUUAUCUGAGCUUCUCUAGUGUGGCAUCAUUGCAUCGUGUGUUCGGAAAGGGUGGCAGCAGAUAAAGAUUUUAUUGUUUAGGCUUCACUGAUAUACUCCCACAGAGCUCAACAGUCGAGAAGUUUGAAGGGUCAGUGGGUGAAGGAGCAGGUUAAGUUUUCAGCAUGAGUAACCAUAGUAAGAGGUGAGCUAUCACUGCAGGUCUGAAAACUGAGUAAACCUUGAAAUUACAGUGCCCAGUGUAAGUCAGUACACCCCCUAUCAAAGUAACACCCUAUCAAGUGUUACUCAAUAUCUAGAUAAGCAAAAGUACAAUUUGCAAAGUUUUGACAAAGCUGAGCUUAACAUAACAUUUUAUUUACCAUAGAUGAAAAUAAGGGUAAUAUGGUAAUUAAAAUUUAGCUUUACUCCCAAAACUUUGGUUGGGGUGUGCUAAUUUUUGCAUCCUGAUUUUAAAUCGAAAAAUAUACUUUUUUGUAUGCAACCUAAAAAAUCUUGUUUGCAAUCAAUGGCCUAUGUUUGGGGGAUUAUUUUGUUGUCUAGUCUGACAUGGAAAAUGUUGAUUUUAAAAGGAAACUGAAGGUUUUCUGACAACUCUGAAGGGGUCGACUCAUUUAUGUUGAGCACUGUACCUCAAUAACAACAAAGCUAACUUUACUGUCAUCUGGAUGUUUUUGCAGCAGUUAAAUGAGGGCGUACUCUUUGUGUCCUUCAAAAGAAAAAAAAUAAUAAAGUCAUCUUGGCGGAUAAUUGUCAUCUCAAUUAUCAUUCCAACAGGACAAUCUCUCCUCUUUUUCAGCUACUAUUCAGCGUGUUUGCCGUCAUUGACAGACUGCUGAAGAGAAACAGGAAACAUAGGGAGCAGAGAUUUGAGACGAGCAGCAAAGGGUUGCAGAAAAGAGUGUCAUGAACUCAUGAUUGUCAAUCCUGCGAGUUUAGCAGAUCAUGAUACUUCCCUGCUUGCUGGUUUGAAAAAAAACAUUUCGACAUGUGUCAUUUAUUUUCUUUAUUGUAGCUGUAAGUCUUUUGUUUCAUAUUCUUGAGUAAUUAUGGAGUUUAUUAAAUGCUUUGUUUGGUAUUCCUCUGUUGAUUGUUGGCAUUGGUCUGGACCGCAUUACUGUUAUUAACCAGAUAAAUCAAUGUGACGCUUAGUUCAUAAAGGUGCUGUGAACUUUCUCAUAGUUAUUAUGCUCUUAAACCGACUUUCUCAGUGUGAUAUCUUUACCUUUUAUUCAGGUUGAAUUUAUUUACCAGAUUAGUAAUCAGCUUCCAUAAAUUUUUGCAGUUCAUACCACGUGAAUCAAAACUAUCACAGGAACACUGGCUCGCACAUGCAGACUGUUAAAUCAGAGCCUGGCAUGACAAACUUGGCAGGAAAAUUGAUGCCGGGGCGGAUCGUGUGAAAAGACGGACCAUGUGGAGGGUUACGUGGGCUCGUCUGUUCGCUCCCUCACUUAACGCUUGUGUCUAUGCGUGUUUCUCUGUUUUUAUGUCCUCACAGCCCAGCACUCUUCCCCAGGGUACGAUCAAUAUGAACCAGUGUUCAGACGUCAUCGACGGAGAGUCCAAGACUGGGCAGAAAAACUCCCUGUGCAUCCUGACACCUGAGAAAGAGCACUUCAUCCGGGCCGAAUGCAAAGAGAUUAUCAACGGGUAAGACCCAAGAACCAGUACCCUGCUCCCAUUCUGGUCCACCUUUAAGUCCUUAAAAGCGUGCUAUGUGGGCUCAGGCGUGUUUAUGUCUGUGUUGUGUCUUUUUCUUAGUGUGAGUAGCUUUUGGACGUGAAAGGCUUAAGUCUCUUGUAGCUGCCUCUGCUGCCAAAACUGCUCUGCCCCCUGCUGUCUCCUCUGGGUUCUGCUCUUCAGAUGUUUGUAAUCCACACUGCAGUGACAGUGCACAUUCUUGAACUGUUUCCUCUCCUGCCCUCUCUCUGCGCUCACAAACCCCCCCCAUGCCUGCACACAGAUCCCAGCACACACACACCUUAAGCCUCAUAAUUCGUCCAUUUUUCCUCUCUAACUCUGCUUCAUUCAAAGUGUGUUCCUGCCUCGCUCUCCUCUCUUCUUCCCUGGCUCCAGCACACAUAUUAAGGCUAUUCUCGGGGAGCUGUGACUCACAACACCCACUCUCCGUUAUGCUACCUGCUCCAAUCAUUGCACUCCUCCCACUCGCCUGUCAUCUGGCCCCCAUAUGAUGUAUCUUUGCUGUCAAUCAAUCACAUAAGCCCUUGUAAGGUUGUCACUGAGUGACAGUUGCAUAAAAACCUGGAUUUUCAUCAUGAAUAUGAAUGCUCUUGUUCAGUCUUUAGUCCUCGUUUUAAUCACUGUGUUGUUGCACUUCAUCCUGUGUGGGCAUUCGUUCACGUAUAACUACCGCAUGUGUGUACCUACAGUGCAGCAGUUUAUAUAGUGUGGCACUCUUUACAAAGUGGGUGGUGUAAAAAAUGUUUGACAUUUCUGUAGCACAAUAUAACAAAACAGCCCGGGCACAAAGUCCUGAAUCUUCUAUGACAUCUGAACUGAAAUGUUAAAUUGAUUGAUACAUUCAUACUAUGGAAAGAGAAAGCAAAUAAUAGCUGUGUUGUUGGUCAGAGAUUAAAGUCCACAUGAGUUUGAGGUGUAUUUUGUCAACAAAGUCAUUUUUAAGGAGAUCAUCAGGUACUUUUAAGGUUGAAGAAAACAAUUAAUCAUGGUCUGUUUGUAGGGGUGUGAUUGUUGGGGAAGAAAUUAGGUGCAUCUCUUGAAAAUAAGUAAAUACUGUACAUUAUCCUUUGUUGAUUACAUUCAUCCAACUAUCUGUUAACUCUUUUACUUCAAUGGUUUAAUUAGAUCAAAUAUUUAGCUAGAGAUAUACUUGGAUAGCCCGCCAAGGUAUUGUCUCAACAUAGAGAACUCUACCUCUGAGUCCAUGAGUCUUAUUUUUAUAUUGUCCAAUUCAUCUUCCUUUCUUUUUAUUAAUUUCUUUGCUAUUUUGUAGACAAAAUUCUUGGCACUUUAUAUAUUUCUAAAUUAUUCAGAAGAAACCACCAAAUUUGAACUUUUUCAUAUUUUAGUCUGCUACUGAAAGUAUCAUGAGACACACAGUCACAAUAUUAAACCAAGAUUUAAUGGGCUCUGUGGAUCAGUCACUGACUCACUGUUGUCUCUCCCUGCUUUACCUCCCUGUUUAAUGAGUGGAUGGUGUUUGUAUAAUAGGGUGUUGUUUGCUUUUUUUCCUGGUAUGUCGAUGUGUUUUCUGGCAGGCAAAGUGUUUACACUUUGUCACGUAUUGAUCCUCUGUGGGUAUGAGAACAACCCUUUGACUGUGUGACCAUUGGUCCUCAGGUGGCAGGAGGCUCUGACUGUUUACCCUCGGACCAACAAACAGAACCAGAAGAAAAAACGCAAGGUGGAUCCUCCCACUCACCAGGUAAUGCACUCAUUCAGUACUCUCACUGUGAAGGGUUGCUAGAAUAGAAACGAGUGGUGGAGUUUGAGGGUGAUGAUGUUCUUCUCACUGCUCUUUACCUGCUACAUGAAAGAACUUUGUCUGGUGAUAUAUCGUAUCAUCUCAUUGACCAAGUAGUGAUUUUUCAUAUUAAUUUCUAAUGUGAAGUCAAGUCUUAGUUAAUGAAAAAAUGAAAUCAAUUGUUCGUCCAGUGAGGUUGGCAGAGGUGACAUCAUGGAGCAGGAGAACAAAAAUAUAAAAGGUUUGCAAGAUGUGCUACAUGAAAACAAAAUACUGUGUAAAUAAGACAAACGUAAAGGAAAGCCAAAUGCUAAAUUAGCUAAACAGUUGAAAAAAUUGUAUAAAUCGCAAUAUAUUGUAUCACAAUACUUACUGUAUUGCAUAAUGUUAAAAAUGGCAACAAUAUUGUAUCAUGGCCCACGUAUCAUGAUAAUAUUGUAUCGUGGGGCCGCUGGUGAUUUCCACCCCUAGUGUAUAAGGUAUUUCCAGGUGACGGAUAAUCAAUUCUUGGUGGCUUUAACACUCACAAUUUAAAGCUGGAUAUGAUUUGUAUGCCGGCACUGUUGGAAAUAAGGUUGGCAUUAUAAAUCAUUGGCAUGUUUGCCCUUGUUGCAACCAAAAAAAGAAAAUACACAUAUUCUCAUGGACAUCUUGUGCGGUGUGAGUAUGCAGCAUGGAGGCUUUUCAUUCCAGUCAAACAACACCAGCUGUUUUCCCCUCAGACAGAGAGAGAUGUAUUGUUUUUCUGCCAGCUACAUGAUCAACAAGGAUCCAUAUUUACAUUCCUGCCUCACAUGAUGUGUGCUCAUCAUACAGACAGGCUGCAUGCCACAUGCUCCUCUUAGAGUAAAGUUACACUGUUAACAUUUGAUAAAAUGUUCAUACCUGUGUUAUGAUGUGUACGUUUACAUAUCGUCAGAUGCUUAUCUGAGUUCUGGUUUUGAUACUGUAUCACAUGGUAAGUAGGAAGCUCACUUUAGGGAGUUAUCAAAACAUUCCUGUGCAAACAACCAUGGGUGACAGCUGCCAGCCAAAAUAACAUUCAGCUCUAACUUUCAGCAAUGUGGCCGUGAUCCCCUUGUAUCUGAAUUUGCUGGUGCGCUCUGUUUCAUUGUCAUGUCCAGCAGCUGCGGUCUCACCUGCCAGGCUUUUUGCCCCGACUCUUUCCUGUGGCCUUGUGUGCCCGGUCAAAACGGAUUCUCCUCUUCUAAAAAAUCAUCACCUUUUCUGUUCGCUGUCAAAACAUGUGAGCGCACAGCUCCAAACUCGAAAUGAUAAAUGGUACAAACCCUUGUGCAAACAUUGCCUGAAGCCAGAAGACUUGUGCUGUUCAAUUGGUGAAAACAAAUUAUCAAGCAUCAUAUCCUCAAAGGUUAACUUUCCUGUUUCAGACUAUCUUCUGCAAACCUGUUUCUCGAUAUGAAAGUUUUCUAGAAAAACCUUUGAAUUGGACCUAAAUGACCAUGACAUGCUGUAUAAAUAUGUCCUGAUUUCACACAGUUACAACCUUAAGCCUUAGCAGAAUUAUUAAAGUGCACACCCAUGCUUAUAGGAGAGAUUUUCUUUUGGAGAGCAAUGUGCGUCUCUAUGUUGAUUAAGGUGCAGAAACCAAGAUAAAGUUUGUUUUAGUAGUCUGAGGGGAGAAUGGGCAGCUUCAUUUUAGCCACUCAUGUUAUAUCCCAGAGAAACACUAAUCAAACAGGUACUUAACAUGCACUCUUCAUAUACCUCUCAUUGAAAUGUAAAACAAACAAGACUUGAUAUAAGGCUUGAUUGACAUAGGAGUAAUUUCACUGAUGAGAUGGGAAUAAAACAUAUAGCAUACAGUAGAGGCAAACAGUUUUCUCCUUUUCCUUCCUAAUCUCUGUGGUGGGUGCACACUAAUUUGUCACUGAAGUUUAUUGUCUAGCUGUCUUUGCUGCUUUGAUAAUCAACAAUCCUGUCAUCCUCUGGUGAUUGUUCUUACACAGAGAAUGAUUCUUAUCUGUCUGUGUUUCUUUUGUUGUUUGCAAAGAUUCUCAUUCACACUGGCAUGGCUUGUCACUGUUCUUCUAGGGGUUAACCAACGUGUAAAUGCACUCUGUAGGCGCCAUAACUAUAAACAGACACCAAACUUUGAGUCCAAGUUGAAUCUUGAGUCCUCAGUUGAGUGUAAGUCACCAAAGAAGAAUCAGUUUUAAGCCAGACUUCAGUGCUCACUAUUUAUUCACAUAUUUAUUCACUGAAUCUAUGCUAAAUGAAUGUGUUGAACCUUUUGAAUGGGUAGAAAACACAGUUUCAUUCAUUAACAUUAGAUUCUGACACAUCCUAUCCAUGUGUCAGGAGUUUUCAGGUGAUCACUAUAUCACCUGCACAAAACCAAACAUCUUGGACCUUAUGGAUGAGUUACUUUAGCUGCUUAUAUUUAGUUAUAUCCUGUGGCAUCCAUCCAUGCAGUGUCCGUGAACUGAAGCUACCUGUUAUAACAGCAACAAUAAGAGCACUGCUAGCUAAGUGUCAGCUUCUGUAUCUACAUUAGCAUUAAGGCCCAAUCACACGUUCCCAUCUAAAAACACCUGCCUUAGUUUAACCUAACUUAUUGGAGACAUGCUCAGAAACUCUCUGAAACACUUUAGUAAAUACUCAAGCACGGUGAUGUAUUUGCCUUCUGGGUAGUGCCUCUAAAUUGAAGCAUCAGACUUUAAAAACAAAAACAAUCCUGUACUAGGGAGCAUGUUUUAGUUGGAUACUGAAACUGGAGGGAGUGUGAAAGGUGUUUUGUACUUUCUUGCUAUUGUGAAGGCUUUGAAGGUGCCAGCAUCUUAAAAUGGAGCUUUAUUACAUAAAUAUGCGGAGGAGUGAAGUUGAACUCAAUGCUAAUGUUUUCCAGACACUAUAAACACAUUUUUUUGGUCCAUUUGUGUUAAAUAUAAUCAGCUACAUAACAUGCAUUAACAUCAAAAGCUUUUGUGAUUGGCAGGGUGGAGUUACAACAAGCCAGUGUUUUUCCACUGAAGACAUGAAUGGACAUCCAGUGAGUUCUGGCUUUGAAAUCCCCGGCCUUAAUAAAUCACAUUUGUCUUAAAUCUGAUCAAUUCAGGUGAAGGGUGAAGAAAAAAGAACAUGCUCUUUGCUAUCUCUCAGAGUGAUUAUCAGCAACAUGUUUGCGGGGGCUGGAGUAGGCUGGCUGGAUAACUGAUGUACAAGAGCUGCUUUGCUUUAAAAAUCUUGCUUUCUACAGCAGUGAGGGUUUGAUUUUGGUUACUCUUUGCAAUUUGUUCUAAUGAACCCAGUUUGCCUUUGCUUGUCUCUUUUAAUAUUGGAUUUUCCCAGCAUAUGCUCCUUAAGGUCUAUGAAGGGAAACAAAAAGGGAACAAACAAGUGAUUGGGGAUUAUGCACAUCUCAACAUCAGAGCUGUGAUUAUUGUCUCCAAACUCCAAAACAAGAUGCCUGCAAUUAUUUCUGGUUGAUUCUCAGUAUUUAAUCAUCCUUCAAUUUCUUUCUUCCUCAUAUUCCUCGUUGUAGUCUCUCUGUGACCUUACUUCCCAUCAUGUCCUCUCCUCUUCCCUCCCUCUCCUACCAUCCCAAACCCACACCCAGGAGCCCGGCCCAGCCAAGGUCACAGUGACCAGCAGCAGCAGCGGAGGGAGCAUACCCUGCCUGCCUAGCAGCAUCGCCAGUGCUGAGCGUGUCCCAACGAGCCGCGCCACUCUGUGGCAGGAGGAGAGCCGCUGGAGCAGGUCCACCAUCCCCUGCAGCCGCAGUGCCUCCUGCAUCAGCCAGCUGAGCCAGAGCCAACCCGACUCUAGUAUCACUACACAGGAUGGUGAGGAUUGAGAUGAUGCAAGGUUCUCACCAUUUCACUAGAUGAAGAAAAACCAGCCCCUUUAAAGUCAUUUGGUUACAGCAAACAUAGAGAGUGGGUCAAUAUAUGCUCAUCACACCAGUGAGGGACAAUCACAAACAGAUUUUUUCUAGAAGUUAAAUCAAAUCCUUACAUUUUGACCUGCUGGGUUUCAAUUGCUUUUUAAAGAAAAAUGCUCACCAUUUAAAAAUAUGUCAGUAGUUUUCUUUAGUAUUUUUAAUCAAGUAAUAUUUAAAGAAGAUGUCUCUGUGCCUUUAAAAAAUUAGUUUUAUCUUAGCAUUGAUAUCAUAGAAGUGCAAAAUUUGCCGGAAAUCCUUGUGGAAAAAGUCGAGAGCUGCACCAGCUCAUAUAUUCACCUUAUUUGCCUCCAUGUCUGUAAAUGAUGAUUUUUUUUAUCCCCCUCAAAGUGUCAAAAGCAUCGUCGUAAAAUCUAAUUUCACUGCCUGUUAUUGUUUUAGAUGGUGCCACUGUGACCACUGGGCGCAAGGUACGAGUAGAAAGCGGUUACUUUUCCCUGGAGAAGACCAAGUCGGAGCCUUCCCCACAGUCUGCACCGCAUUUUCAGCCACCCCAGCCACCCCAGCAUCUGCCCCUGUCCUCUUCAGCAUCCUCCUCCUCUCUAGGAGCUCCCAGUCCCAGGUACAAGUCCGAGUCAGACCCCCAAACUUCCCCUUAUCUACCCUCCCAAGAUCCUUUCCCUUCUCCAGGUGCCCUUAUCUCCCCCAGCUACUCCACCAUCAGCUCCUCCCAGAGCUCCCUGGACUCUGAUCCCAGCGGGACCACACCCACUUGGGAGGGACACAGCGGUGGUGGAGGGAGCACUGGUAGCAUCAGUGGUGGUGGAGGAGGAGGAGGCAGAGUGGGCCGGUCUGGCAGGGAGUACUCAGCGCUGUCGGAUGUGCCACGGGCUCGUAGGCUGAGUUACCGUGAAGCCUUCCGCUCAGAGAAAAAGCGGCAAGAGCUGCGAGCGCGGACUCGGAGUCCCGGCAGGGAGGAGGUGGCCCGGCUGUUUGGGGAGGAGCGCAGGUGAGAGGUUAUGGAUAAGUGUAAAAAAAUGAUCUUCUUGGACAUUUGAAGUUUUUUUCCUUCUGAUAUUCUGAUUGACGGCUGAACGUGCAUCCCUUUGCAGAAACGCACCCACAUAUUCCCUUAAAGGCAGCCAAACAUUACUUCUGAUUAUUAUUGAGCCACUGGUUAUUAGCUCUUAGCAUACCCUCAAAAGCACGCCAUGUGAUCAUUUGAUACAGCCCAUGCAUUGCCAGAAGCAGUCAGCAUUUUAGUUUUUUAGCACCACCCUGUGGCUGCUGUCCUUGAGGCCCUCCUGUACCCUGAGUAUCUUUUUGCUAAUGCUGUCCUCCCUAUCUUACCAGUGGUUUGCCAGUAAUGAUUUUGGGGCAAUGAAUGCAUGUGUUACUUUCUAUUCUAUGAUCUCCACUUCCUGCUUUUGCUACUUUGCUAGUUUGUUGUUUUGAUCUUUUCCAGGGGCUUCUGAACAGAGCUUCUCAGACCUAAUGCUCAACCAACCCCUCCACCCCUGCCCCAAUGCCUCCCUGCUGGUCACCGCUGAUUCCUGCUUUCUGUCAUUUCAUCUCUGCACUGCCUGGGAGCACUCACAAACACUGUUUCAUACAUAUACUCAAUUUACUGUUUAUACUGUGCAAAUAUUCUGUGGGUGCUACUGGUGGUGGGUUUACAGACAGUUAGAUCUUUCCAGCUUUUAACUGCAUACAUAAACAUUUCCGAGCACAGUGCCUUAAGGUAACCCUGAAUGUGUUUCCAUUGCUGCUACUUCUGCAAAUUUUUAAUCCAUCAUUCUAGUCCUUUCCCUUUUCCUCCAAAGUUUAACUCUCAUCAUAUAACAUGACUUUAUUUAUUUGAUGUAUCUCUGAAUUGCUCUCUCUGGAGAUAUUGUUUAAAUCCUAUAGUGCACAUUGUUGUGUAUGUUGCGACUUUGGGUGCAGAAUGAAUUUAAACAUUAUUUUUAUUGCAUGUAAAUACCAUUAACGACUUCUUGUGUUCAUUGUAGUAAAAGACUCAAAUAAGCUUUCAUAUCAUGCUCUAAUCUUGGUUUUUAUGCUGAUCUGCCCACAUUUAAGGUUGUUAUGCUGCAUUAUUUUUAAGGGAAAAAUCUUCCUCAUAACUAUUCUGCAAAAUUGAUUUCUUUAAAAGUGUUUCAGAUGUUAAAGCCAGUCAGAAAAAAAAUGUUGUGCGAAAUAGCAAGUGUGCUGUAUUUUGAGAAAGUUAUGUUUUGUGCCCCUAGGCGUUCUCAAAUCAUUGGCCGGUUCGAGGAGGGUCAGCCUGAGGAGCACAUGGACACAGGCAGCAUCAAUGAGGCCUCUGCUAACUCUGCGCUAAUCCAGAGACAAGGCCGCAGUGAAAGACGCUAUCUGGCUAACAAACAUGUAAGCUAGUCACUGGUUUUCCUGAACAACUACAUCUAAAAAUUUGAAAACUGAUUUUCCAAAAAAAAGUUUAAUCAUAUGAGUUUUUUCAAUUCUGCAUAAUAUAAUAUGUUUUGUAGGAUAUGUCGCUGGAUGCAGGCAAGGAUCGGUCUGUCCCCGAUGUAUCCAGCUCUACUUUUGCCAAUUUAAGGAGAGCUAAGUCGCUGGACCGCAGAGUCACUGAAUCCUCGAUGACUGUGAGUACAGAAAACUUUGGAUGUUCAGACAUGUCAGUCAUGAGCAAUUUAACACCUUCCAUAAGAUUGUGCACAACUGUCUUCCUAGCGACAAAAGCUGCCAAAGCGGUUGUGCACAUUGAAAGUGACAGUGAUAGGCCAUCGAACUCUCCAGCAAGAAUCAAAACCUGCUGCUUUGAUUAAAUAGCAACUACAUUUUCUUUGUUGCUGGGAGAAUUUACCAAUGUCUAUUGGUAAGUUAAACCAUGAAGGAGAGUGAUGGUAUUCAAAUUGCAGACAUAAUAUAGGCUAAAAUAGUCUAACUUUAGUUUUUGCAUGCAUGCAUCCACGUGUCAUCUGUCACCCCAUUUACACUAUUACAUCAGCGCUUGUUUUCCUCAGUCUUUACAAGCAAGAUUAAAGUAGCCCUCAAGUUGCCUAAGGUUGCACUGAUAUCCUCCCGAGCUCUGACUCCUACUAGUCUGACAAUCUGCUACUGAUCUGAGGUCUGUUCGGAGAGCGCUGCAGGGCCAAUUCAGCCAGUGUGUGGUCGCCCGCACUGGCGGAGCUGCAGCUGCCAGAACCCCCACCCACUCAAACACACAUUCAUGUACACACCACUGCCGCCACCGCUACUGACGAUUAUAAAUAGCCGGCACACAAGCAGCCACAGUCGUGUGCAUGUCCCUGGGACAGACGGACAGAAACAGAUUGUCAACAUAUGAAGUGAAGGCAGUUAGCCAUCAGAAUGACUCUCUGCCAGACGGUGACCCCACACCUGAUGAAGCUCAACAAAAGCAAGGUACUGUUUAGUGAGCAGAACCAGGUUUAGAGCAAGUGAUUUACUUUGGGGUCUAUAAACAGACCUGAGCUUGGUUUCAAUGUGCAGCAGUUUGUGUUACACAGGGAAAGUCCAGCUCCCGCCAGUCCGUCUCUUUAGCUGGAGCCAUGUAGCUGCAAUUAUACCUCAUGAGCUGAGGUAAAGGCGAACUGUAAACAAAUGUCCAUAAAUACGUUGCGUUCAAGGAGAUCUGAAUCAGAUUUUCUGACAGUGUCAGGGCAAAAAAUUGUAUGCAAUUAGGAACAAGGUGCAAAAUAGUCAUAACAGAAGAAGCUCCUUUGUUUAUUUUCUGUUUUUGUUCAUUGAUGUGGUUGAUGGGUAAAUGAAAUUUCUCUUUAUGGUUAUUUUGAUAAAACAAAAUUAAGUAAGAACAAAGUCACACUGCUUUGCUCUGUCUUGUUUGCAGCCAGAUUUGCUGAACUUCAAAAAAGGAUGGAUGACAAAGCUCUAUGAUGACGGCAUGGUAAUUUUCAUUCAUUAGUUGUUUAAUCCUGAUAUUAAACAUAUAGAGGCCGAUAAAACCAAUAAGUGCUUUCAUUGUCUUCUCUAGUGGAAGAAGCACUGGUUUGUUCUGACAGAUCAGAGUCUGAGGUACUACAAGGACUCGAUAGCGGAGGAGGUACGUUUGUUUGAAGUAACUGUGCAGUUUUUGACAAUUAAAUGUUUAUUUCUAUAUUUUUUUUCUAUUUUUUUUAUUCUGUUUUCGUAUUCAAACUUUUGUCCUCAGGCGUCAGAGCUGGAUGGUGAGAUCGACCUUUCCACAUGUUACGACGUCAAAGAGUUCCCAGUCCAGAGGAAUUACGGUUUCCAAAUUGUGGUGAGUGUUUAUUCUUCAUGUCAUCGAUUGCGCUGCGCUGUAAAUCAUCAGGCAAGAUGGAGCUCAUUGUCUAUGCACUUGAGCCCUCCUGUCUCCUGACGAUCUAUAAACAGCCUUAGACACCGUGUGGGGCAACUUUAGGUAUCAGGUUUUGACAUUUCUCUGUGUGAAACGAUUGUUUGUCUGUCAUGACGGAUGUCACUUGACUUGUCAUCUCUCUGUGAGGUGGUGACAUCAUGGUGGUCUAAAUCUGCUGCAGCCGUUGCCAGCCCUCCUCCUCUCUCUGAACCCAUGUGCCCCUCAUCCUUCAAAAACUUACCUCCUUCUUUGUCCUUAGUUAAAUCAAUUCAUGUUUGAGGUUUCACAAACAUGUUUUUAUGAUAGCUUUAUUUUGAUGCAUCAUAGUUGUGCAAUCCUUCAGAUCCUCUUCUGAAAUCUUUGACAGAAUACAUUUGACACAUAAUCCUUUGACCAUUAAACAUUUUUAGCACUUGUUGCUGUAGCAAAAUUCUUGCUGGAUACAUAGUGGCAUUGCAAUGCAUUGGUUAUCCAUUUGAUGUCGGAGGGGUUUUGUUCCCGCUACAUAUAGACUUUAAGUGUGAUACUAAUCCUAUAUGAGGACAACUGUAGCUACAAGGUCAAUUCAUUUGUUUAAAUUGAAUAAUAGAGCAGCUCUCCUGAGAUUCUUGAAGGAAAAAAGCAAAUUUGUCUCUUAAUGUCUGCUCUGUCUGAUCCCUGGUCAGGCUGGAUGGGACUGAUAAUUUCUGUAAGUAGAUCAGGCUGUAGAGCUGAAGACAAGAUAGUGACCUGAUGUCUAAAAAGAUAUCACAUCUGUGUCUUCAGAAGCUUUGACAAAUAAACUUAGAGCUUGUUAAAAUUGUUUGACUUCCACUAGAGGUCACUCAGGUGCCAGAAACACAUUUUAAAAAAGCCAGAACAUGAACAAAAAACACAAGUUUUGUCAUCCAAAAAAGGACACUUGAUUGAGCACCUUUUUAAUGAAAUGGUUUAGUUAGUAACAGAUUAGUGAUCCGCUAGGUGAUAAAAAGGUGUUUAAGAGAGGCUGAGCCCACCACCAAACAAAGAUGAAAAGAGGUCAAGAGAGACUGUUUGAGCAAAUAGUGCAGCAAAUUCAGAAUAAUGAUCUUCACUGCAAAUUUCAAAGAACUUCAUUUAUGGAACAAAAUGGUAAAAGAUUCUGACAAUCUGGAGAAAUCCCUUUUAUGAAAGAGACAAGGUCAAAAACCAGUGCAAUGAGUGGCAGUGAUCUUCAGGAGACGAUUGUGCAUUUCACAGGUACUAGAGUGUCAUCUAGACUUUAUAAAGCAGAGUCAAAUGUCUUUCACUGCAAAGAGAAACAUCCUGUGUUGCCUCUGUCUCUGUCUAGAUAGUGUCACAGUUGUGACUGUCUUAAAAUAAACAGUGUCAUUGCAGUGCUUCAUACUUCUGCUUUAAGGUAAACUUUAAAGUCUGAGCUCAGUGUAGAGCAUCAAUCAAUCAGGCAUGAUAAUACUGUUGAUGACAGUAACAAGUGUUUGAAACAGUAGCUUUUUUGUUUACGUACCUGAUGUUUAAGUACCUCACAUGUUUAAGUACCUGAAGGAUUUUACUUCAAAACAUGAAAUAAAAGAAGUGUUAAACUGUACCUGUCAGUAAAAGAAGAGCACAAAUGAGCUCAGAACAGAAAAAAGCCUUCAGUAUCUAGGUAAGAUAACUGCUUUAUUCUAGGAUUGUUCAUGUGACAAACAAGUGGUUGGAUUUUUUAAGUAUCAGCGUUAUUUAAAUCAUCAUGUUGUCUCAUUCCUGUCACUCAUUGUCACGAAAUGUUUGUGUCUGCUCUUAGUGUAAAGAUGGAGCGUGCACCCUGUCAGCCAUGACCUCUGGAAUCCGCCGCAACUGGAUGCAGGCCAUCAUGAAGAAUGUGCGACCCACUAUCGCCCCUGAUGUCACCCGGUAAUACCCAAAGAGGAUUAACACUUUCAACGCCGGCAGAUAUGAGGACUGCUUUUCUCACUUAUUUUUAUUUUUUUCUUAAUCCCUCUCUCCUCCUCACCUUCUCUUUCCUUUCUUUCUCUUCCUCCAUCAACUGGUAUUGUCAACCUGCUUCCAGGAAAAACAUCUCUCUGAAACUAUCCGUACUGAAGCCCAGGUUGGAGUGCUUGUGUGUGACACCCCCCUAACCCCCACCCCCACCUCCAACAGUGAUGUUAUUGCUCAGCAAUGUCAGGCUCAGCGUGUUUGUCGUCCCUAUGUCAUGUGAUUGUUGAGUAAUGUGUCCCUGUGAGGUUGUGCCACUGUAGAGACACACACUGCAAUCACAUCAGUGUACGAGAGUGACCUGCUUAACAUGUUGCUGAUCAACAGUAGAAGGGAUUAAAUGAUAAUUGUCAGAACAGCAACAAGAUCAUAACUGAGGCACAGACAAUAAAGCAUUUAGGGAAAAGAAAGAAGAGCUUGAGCAUACGUAUAUAUUUUCUGAACAGUUCCCCCUGAUGCUUUUAUCCUAUCUAAACUUGAACGUUUCAAGGAUUGCCUUUCAGAGAGCUCAUCCUGUAUGAUACCGAACACAUGCUCUGACCCGCAUUUUCUGAGUCACACUCUUUACUCUGCUCAGCAUGUGUGAUACUUUUGGUAUUCCCGCACAGACGCCUCACAGACACCUCAUUCUUGUUCUGUCCCUUCUCAUUUUCCUCUUACUCACUCCACCUCCCGACCUUCCCACACAAGGAGGUGGAAAAAGAUUGAGUCCAUCACUCCGCCUCUUGACACUGCCAGUGUCUGCGAGCUCGAGUUCACUGGAAACACAUUCUUUACAUUAAGCUACCAUAAAAAUCGUAUCAAUAUAGCAGCCGAGGGCAGACAUCUGCAAUCAGGCUUACCUCAGAUUAUGACUGUGAACACUAAAGCUGCUUUCAGUCUAAUGCUGCGUGCUGUUAAAGCAUUUUGAUGUGCUUUGUGUAUUGAAAGCAUGAUAAACUCAGCUAAGAUGUAUCAAAGUCAAGACGGUGAUGCUGCUCUGCCAGACUUGUAUGUAUUUUGUUUGUCCAGCUUUAUGUCCAAAUGAUGUGGAUGUAAAAGAUACAGUUAUCAUGUUCUGAUAAAGCAGUUAAACUGUGUAAUAUCUCCCUUUUAUUUGUUGUGUAUUUGUUCUUCUAGAUCCCUCCCUGAGGAGACAAUAAAAGCGCAAGUGAUGUUGGAGCCGUGUCCACAGGCCACUCCUGACCCAGGCCCGAGUCCUGAGGCCCCCAGGUCUGAUGUCAGCAGAAAGCUGGCAGGCAACAACACCUCCGUCCCUCCCUCUGAGCCCCGGAAAAGCAGAGUUCGUGAGCGCAGACGAGAGGGUCGCUCGAAGACCUACGACUGGUCCGAGUUCAAAAUGGAACAGACUGCAAAGCCUAUGAAGGAACGAGCGGACACAGUCGACCUCAGCUCAUCUUUCUCCACAACCUCCUCAUACUGCUCUCCUUCCUCCUCUGCUUCCUCUUUAGCAUCCUCUCCUGUCUCUACCUCCUCGUUACACACCUCCUCAGUGUCAGGCUCUCACCCGCAGCCUAUGACAGAAGAGGCAGAAAAAGAGAAUGUAAGGAGGGGUGUCCAACCCCGGAGCGCAACCAGUGCAACUCACUCGCCAAAUACUGUUACCGUCACAGUGAUGUCCACACUUAACACAACACCGCCAGUAUCGUCAACGCAUGGAAGCCAAGAGCAAGGAAAGAUGGAAGUAGAUCGGCCUGCUGCUGAGGUUAAGAGGGAAAACAAAGCCUCAGAUGUCCAAGAGGAGAUCGAGCAGCGAUGGCAUCAGGUGGAAACCACACCACUAAGAGAGGAGAAACAGGUGCCUAUCAAUUCAGCUGUAGGGAACUCUGCCAGCUCGGACAGAUUACCUGCACAUGAGCUAGCUGCACUGCUGGACAAAGAGGUCUGUUUCCUCAAUAUAGUCAUACACAUGUUUAUGAAAUCACAUCCUGUGUGGCUAGUUUACUCUUUCUCUUCUUUUGUGUUAAGUUGGGACAGAAGCAGAAGGAACUGGACCGCCUACAGAAGCAAAAUGACGUUUUAAAAGAGCAGUUAGAAGAUGCACUGGGGAGAGAGCAUAGCGCCAGAGAGGGCUAUGUGCUGCAGGUACUACACUCACAAUAUAUCACUCAGGAUUACCAUGUGUUUUAAGACUGACACUGUGUACAAAUAGCAUUUUUACAUAGAGUUUGAAGAAUAGAUUUUAAAGCUAAAAUGAUGUUGAAGCUGCAAGUUAGCAUACUUAGUAGGGUAUAUUUUACUUAAAGUACCACAGCAGGCUGUAUUUUUCACCUGAAGUGAACCAGCUCAUGAAAGAUGAUAUGUACUUGUCGCUGCUAUAACAUGUUUGAUAUUCUACUAACUGGUGCGGGUGCUUAUUCUCUGAUACGCAUGGUUGUGGUGUUCUUAGCAUGUAUUUUCACUAACUGUAUUUACGGAGUUUCACAUCUCCUGGGGGACUAAUUGAUUUGAUCUGAUGUGCUUUAAGGUAAGAAUCUUGAUCAAGAAGCCUUGCGCUGUGCUUUUUCCUCACUCUCCAGUUUUGCUUUGUCUGUGCGUCCAUAUAAAGCUUGAUCCUGCAUGUACUUUGGUGUUCAGGAGUGCAUAUUUUAACUCAUUGUUUUUUUUUUUUUACAUGUUGGAGUUUAAAGUUAUUUAUUCUCAUCAUGAAGUCAGAAUAUUUUUCAUUUAACCUCACUCUUUUUUUUUUACGUGUACAGUAAUUUUUUUUUUUUUUACUGUUGCAUCAUCGUUGUAGACACCAACCUUUUUUCCCAUGUGUUUGUCGGGGUUGGGGUGGGAUUGUGGGGGGAUCAUUUUCACCUUUUGUUUCCCGAGUCAUCUCUGAAAAAGCACAGUGGAAGCGUGGGGAAGAGUCUUCCCUAAGAGAGAUUGGUAUCAAGAAAGGAGAUAUCUUAUUUUCCUGGUAACCCGCGAGAUGUGGUUCUCCGUAUAAGGCAGGGAAGGUAAGGUGAUGUCAUUAAUGAGACUCUUUCAUCAAUCUUUUUCAAGAGUACAACACCCCCUUCCUCUUCACCGCACAGAGUGCCAUGGCAACGCUUGCAUACCCUUAAUCAAGACCUACAGGGCGAGUUGGAGUCUCAAAAGCGCAAGCAGGACCUCGCUCAGCAGCAAAUUCGGACUCUCAAAAGAAGCUACACAGAAGCUCAGGAUGCUGUAGACCGCCAUGAGGCUGACAUUCAGGGUCUGCAGGCCAAACUAGCUUCUGCAAUGGCUGAAAUCUUAGCUAGCGAACAAGCUGUUGCUAGAAUGCGCAAUGAGCUCAAGCUUGAACAGGAACGCUCAAAGGAACGAGAGGAGGAGUAUUGUUGUAGUGAGAGUACCUUAAGAGCCCAGCUUAGGGACAGUGAGAACAGACUGCGGGAGGUAGAGGCCAGUUUGUUAGAGAGAAGCCAAGCCCUCAGGCACCUGGAGCGCCAGCAGGCCCUGCAGCGAGACCACAUGAGGGAGAUUCAGAGGCUGCAGGAGAGACUGCAAGAGGUGACUGCACGGCUUAGCGCAACUGAAGAGGGUCAGGCACUGAAGGAGGAGCGCCUACGGGUGGAGCAGCAUACCAUGCAAGAGAGCCAUGAGAGGGAGAGACAGAAUCUGUGCAGAAGAUUAGCUGAGGCUGAAACAGCACAGAAAGAGACGGAGAAGAAACUGAUGGAGGCUGAGCAGCAGGUGCAGGCCCUCUUGAGAGGGAGGCAGGCCUCUGCGAGCAAAGAAAGCAGAGAGGAAAUCCAAAAGUUACAAGAGGAGCUGGCCCACAAGACUGACAUGGUUGAGACACUGAGGCAGAGCGUUCAUAGGCUGGAAGAAGAAAAAGGACAUCUCACUUGCCGCUGUCAGGAGCUUCUUAACCAGAUUUCUGAAGCAGACCGUGAGGUUAAUAAGCUCCGCAACCGUCUGGAAACAGAGGAGGCUGAUUACUACAAUCUGGAGCACUCGUAUGAAAGGGCCACCCAGGAGUUUCAGAAAAUAAGUCAGUUCCUUCGAGAAAAAGAGGAGGAGAUCCGGCAGACUAAGGAAAUGUAUGAGAGACUAAUGGAACGUAAAGAAGAGGACCUGAAAGAAGCCCUUGUUAAAAUGACUGCUCUCGGAAACAGCUUAGAAGAAACAGAGCAGAAGUUACAAGCCAAGGAGGAGCUUCUUUGUCAAAUGAGUCAAAGCCUCUUAGAUAGGUCGGAGCCCUGCAGUGCUGAAAAGGAUCUGCAAGCUAAGCUUGUUGUCGCAGAAGACCGCAUAGCCGAGCUAGAGCAGCAUCUCAAUGCCCUGCAACUCGGCUACGCUGACCUACACAUGGAGAGACAGCAAAUCCCAGAACAAAACAGAAAGACGAGACUCAAAACAUCGGUCUCUUUAUCUGCAAGUACCAUGCUGCCUCUUUCCUUUGAAAAUACAUCGAAGCCAGAGAGCUCCCCAGAUGGUAAAGAGUCUCAAGCUAAGAGACCAAGGAUACGUUUUUCCAAUAUUCAGUGCCAAAAAUACAUGAACUCAGAGGGCAUGGAGGGUGGCCAUGUUAGCAGCAGCUUUCCAGAAACAAGACAAAAAGUCAACCAGGGUGAAAGCGAAGACGUCCAUGUUUCUUCCGAAACAACAUGCUCUCACAGUAGUGACCCAGAAAAGUUUAUCUCCAUUAUACAUGCCCUUGAGACCAAACUGCUAGCCACUGAGGACAAAUUAAGAAACCUCACACAAAACCUAGAAGAGCAACAAUCCACUCAAGCAGAGACUGAUCUCAAAAUGACUGACACCAAACCUGGUGAAGAGCUUAUUAGUGGAAGCAGGAUACAGGGUACUGCAACCCAUAAACAUUACGCCAAGGCCCUGGCAUGUGUGGAAAACAGUCGAGAGACAGUCAGGAACAUCCUCAGUGGCUCUCAUGAAACUGCAGAUUCCCAGCUGCACUUACUGUCAGAGAUAGAGACUGAUUUGUUCAAUGCGUCCCUGUACAUUCGACAAGGACAGAAGAUGUUGGAAGAGCAGUCCCCACAAACCCAACAUCAAACCCUAGAGACUGUAGAUAAAGACGCUUUGCAUUUGUUUGCUAGAACUCUAUCGUUUGAGGCUGUAGUUUUAAACAAGAUGGCUUUGUUGAUCCAGACUUCAAAGUCUGAUGUCCUACAAGGUCUUGCCGAGGUGUGGGAAGACAUAGAGAGUAUCAAAAGAAGUGACAAAGAUUGCUUGGCUAUAGUUUAUGCUGAUGUCUUGACCAGGAAGCUCAUGUUAGAAGGUGCAUUCUGGAAAGAUUUGGAGAAAGCUGAAAUUGAAAUUGCAAAAUCCAAAGAGGGUGCUGGUGUAGAUGUAGAUGUUGAUUCUAGUGUCAUCUUUAACACCUUCAUUAAAGCAGAACUAGCCUACGCUAUUCAAAACCUUAAAAACUGUUAUGAAGAGAAAUUCAAAACAUUAAAAAGGGAGUUGUCAGAAGCACAUAACAACCUAUGUCAAAGGGAAACGGCUCUAAAGGCAAUCAUUGAAGCAUCCAAAAGCCCUGAUUUGAAAAAUGUCAUAAAAGAGGUCAAAAGUAACUUUGGUUUUGGUAAACACAAGUUAGCUGACAUCCAUCCUCCAGAACUUGCUCCCUACAUGGACCAGAUAGAAAUGGAAGAGGCUAGAGACUUGGCUGAGGAAAUCGUUGACAGACAGAUGGCUUCUGAAGCACCCCCUUGUGGUGUUGAUGCUAUCGAAUCAUUUCAGAUUGCUCAUGAAAGCCUCGCUAAUGAGCUUCAGAGACAAGCAGCCAUCCUUCACAAGUACUCUCAAGAGAUAGAAAGUAGUGAGAACCAUCCUGGACUUGCUAAAAUGGUCCAUGCUCUUCUAGGGCGUCAAACUUCACGCAACUUUACAAGUACCUCCCUCUGCAUGCGAGAAGCCUUAAUCCAGGCUCAGGUGGCGUAUGUGGCAUGCAGGUUACGAGCAAUGCAUGAACAAGACUUGGGCUGGUGUAAACAGACAGGUCAGAACAUGGAUGCUCUUGUCCAGGAGCACGCCCGCAAUGUUGGCGCAAUCAAAGAAAAAUACGAAGCAUCGUUACAAGAUGAGCGUAAGAGCUUCACACAAACAGUGACCUCUCUCCAAAAAGAGAACCAGACCCUGAAGGACGAGGUCAGCAAAUGUGUGAACCAGCUCUCUCAGCAGAAGGAGCAAAUGGGUCUCCUGGAGGAGCGUUUUCUGAAGGAGGCUGAAGAGCUGAAACAGAGGCACAAGCAGGAGCUGAGCCAAGCAGAGAAAGGCCGCGCCUCAACAGAGCUGGCCCUCAUGGAGACAACAGCUGACAGCCAACGAAAGCUGGAGGUUCUGCUGGUGGACAUGGACACCAUGGAGGAGCGGCAUGAGAGUCACGUGAGGAAACUGGAGGAGCAGUUUGAGAAGAGGAUCUGUGAGCUCCAGGUGAUCCACAAAGAGGAAGUUGAGAAGUUACAUUCCCAGUACAUAGAAAAUAUUCAGCGUGUGCAAAAGCACCAACAGGACAAACAAAGUCCUGAUUAUUCCCACUGCACUGAUGCUGAUACACCAAUGGAAGAAGAGGAGCAGGGGAAGGGGGAGGACUCACAAAACAUGUCAGAGGUGGACUCCAUGGUGGUUCUGAAGGAUCGGAUCCAAGAGCUGGAGACUCAGAUGAACACCAUGAGGGACGAGCUGGAGAACAAACACCUAGAGGGCGAUGUGGCCAGCCUGAGAGAGAAAUACCAGAGAGACUUUGAAAGUCUUAAGGUUUUUGCUCUUUCAUUUUACCUUAGUGAAACCUUUUUUUUUUCCAAAUCAAAACAAGAGUAGCUCUUAGCCUAGAAUAAUGCUGCCUUGGUUCAUCAGUCUACUAAUAUGCACAAAGAGUUUAGAGCUGGGAAAUGGUGUGAUUUGAUUAGUUCUAAAUAAAUAAAACUACAGUGGACAAUACAGCAGUUUGCAGUGUCGGCCUUGAAUGAUGUACUAAAUCUUUGUCCCCACAGUUCAGUUCCCUUCAGUUCAUUUUACGCCAAACUUAAGGCAAUGGAAUCUGAGAGUUAAGUGAUUUGAAGCAUCUCAACAACAACUACUAAAAGGGUUGCUCGGUGACUUAAACUGUCCUAUAUAACAGCCAAUAACAGUUCACAUGUACCAUCUGUAGAAAUCGAAAUAUUUCCACAUUCAUUUGAUGAAUUGACACUCACUUUGGUAUAUCCAUUUUUGGCUCUCUGGCAAUAAAUCCCAAAAAUUGUUGUGAUUCCUUGGCUUUUGGAAAUAACGAGAUCUUUGUCUCAAGUGUGGACACAAAUCCGAAGUUCAUGUCCAGUUUUUAACUUGCUGCAGGUCCUUCUUUGGACCUGCUGAAAACAAUCCAGGGGAUUGUUUGUUACUUAUGAAACAAUGCAACCCCAUUUGCAUCCCUUGGCUAUCCACAUUUGCACACUAUUAGUUGUGUUUGCACUCUGUGGGUCAUGCCUUUGGUUACUUUAGGGGUUUUUCUUAAGGAACACGUAGUAUCCCCAACAAGCUCAGGUGUGAACUUUUCCAGUAGUUGCAAUCUUUUAUGAUGACAUUACUUAAAUACAACUGUAAUAUAAGAAAUGAAACUGUCCAACAUUGCCUCUGCAUUUGGACAUUAGUAGACAUACCAUUUCCCACAUUUAAAAAUAGAAGCACUAGCAUUCAGCAGGUAGUCUGUCUAACUCAUUCUCUUACCCUUGUUUUCUGAUCCUAAGAUCAUUAAAAGCUUGCAUGGCUUAUCUCACUGAUUUUUGCAUGACACUUUGUAGCCUUGUGAAUUAAAAGUAGAUAUUGCACCAAAUCAGUUGUCACAUACUAAAGUGCAGUUUGCACGUAGAAUGUGAAUUUUUCAUGAUGACAGGUUGUUGUAACUUUCUUCCCAUAGGCCACCUGUGAACGUGGUUUUGCAGCGAUGGAAGAAACGCACCAGAAGUUGAUCCAAGACCUCCAGCGGCAGCAUCAGAGGGAGAUCUCCAAACUGAUGGAGGAGAGGGAGAGGCUUUUGGCAGAAGAAACCGCCGCCACAAUUGCUGGUAAAGAAAGUGACUACAUUACAACAUAAAAUGGCAAUAUUUAAAAAAAGACAGAGAAGAAGAAACUAAAGGUUUGAUCUUUCUCCAACAAAGCUAUCGAAGCUAUGAAGAAUGCCCACAAAGAGGAACUGGAGAAAACUCAGCGCUCCCAACUGAGUGGACUAAACUCUGACAUUGAUGAGCUCCGCUUACAAUACGAGUAAGUUUCCUCCUACUCAAAAAUAAGUACAGAGAUUUUAUCAAGAUGAUGCAAAUUCAUUCAAAAACCCCUAAAAGUGAGACGCACGCAGAGUUUGAGAAGUUUGUAGUUUGAUGGCCAUUGUCGAAUGAGAGUUCAUGUUGAUGCUGUGAUGAUCUGACUCUGUAGGGAGGAGCUGCAGUCCAUCCAGAGGGAACUGGAGGUGUUGUCAGAACAGUACUCUCAGAAAUGUCUGGAGAAUGCUCACCUGGCUCAGGCCCUGGAGGCUGAGAGGCAGGCGCUCAGACAGUGUCAAAGAGAGAACCAGGAGUUGAACGCUCACAACCAGGUUUGUAUACACAUACAUGCAUAGACAUUUACAUAUAUCAAUGAACAGCUUAGUUCACAAGUUAAAAGAGAAAUCUACUCUGCCAAACAGGAGUUAAAUAAUCGGCUGACUGCAGAGAUCACUCGGAUGCGCUCUUGUUUCAGUGGAGAAACUGCGCCUUCAACACUAAGCCAGGGCAAAGACGUUUAUGAACUGGAGGUGUGUAACCUAAUGAUACAAAGACUAGCUCACACACACACACACACACACACACUUAGGAUCUGCUCUUUCAUUUGACGGGUGUUUUUACUAUGGUUUAAAGGUGUUGCUACGAAUUAAGGAGUCAGAGAUUCAGUAUCUGAAACAGGAAAUCCAUUCUUUGAAAGAUGAACUGCAGUCUGCUCUAAGGGUAAGCAAUCUCUUCUGUACUGUCAGCAAUUUAUGGAAGGUGCUUGUAUUUCAGUUUGUCUUUGACAAAAAUAGAAAAAAAAAGAGAGGGGGGUACCAUUAAUUGUAUUUCAACAGGACAAGAAAUACGCCACAGACAAAUAUAAGGACAUCUACACAGAGCUCAGCAUUGUGAAAGCAAAGGCUGACUGCGACAUCAGCAAACUGAAGGAGAAGCUGCUCAUCGCCACAGAAGCUUUGGGUGAGAGGAACGUGGAUGGCACUGUCACAUCUGGUUACGGUAAAUGUCAAGUGUUGAUUUAUUCCUAAUGAACAAAAAUUGACAAAUUUCAGAAGUAUUUUCCCAGUCUCAUGACAUUAAAAUCAUGUCCUCCUUUUGUUUCUAGAUAUCAUGAAAUCAAAAAGUAACCCCGAUUUCUUGAAGAAAGAACAAUCAUCAGCCUCCAGGCAAUCAAGAGGUGUAAGGUCAAAGGUGAGUGUUGAAUGUUUUUUUCACCUCUCUAGUCUCAGAUUCGAACAUUCAGAUGGCGUUUUGUCCAUUCAUACGUAAACAACCAUUUCAGUUUCCUCUGUGCUGAGAUGUCCAAGAGUAGUUCACGCAGACUUUAUCUGGGCCGCCAGAUAUGUGUCACUGUCGGUCAGCCAGGACAUUUUAUUAUGAAAGUCUCUUGUGCUGUUAGUCAUGUUUAUGUUUUGUCCGUCAGUCUGUCACUGAACAGGUCUCAUGGGAUAGCUGACACUCUCAUUGUGGGGUGAUUCCUCCCCAGCCCCCACCCCAACAUGUGCUGUAGGUAUAGCAUGACGAAGAGCCAAGCAUGCCCUAACUAUCCUUGCAUGUUUUUACCCCACCCACUUUACUUUGAUGGUCCCAACCUGCACACCAAUGCUAACUGUGGCAACCACCACCCCUCGAUUUUACAUUGAAUGUGCGAACAUUAGCUCUUCCUGAGCUUAUGUGUGCCGACAGUCUAAAAGCCUGUCAUGGAAAAAACCCCUGUACUGUGUGUAUAGUUUGACUUUUUGGGGAAAAGUGCAACAACUAAAAUUAUUUUCCAGUUUUCUUGAGAAACUGAUCCAGCUUGCACUCCUGGAACAUGUCUCAGUUGAAAAGGAGACACCUGUAGUCUACCGUCUAAGUUUGUCAACAUCAGCCUUUCACAUCAGAGGAGAAAUAAACUAUUUGUGAUUAUCAUCGUGUGGAAGCAAAGCAAUCUCAUAAUCGACUUAUCUCCUGUUUAACAUUGUUUUCUUUGUUAAUCUAAAAGCCUUUGGUGUAUUUGUUGUCUUUUGUGUGUAUUUGAGUAACCAGUGUUCACAUUUAUUUGUGCAUUUGUGUUUUGUGAGUACUCUGUUUUUGUGGCAUGAUAGUGUUUCAGUGUAACUACUUUUUCUUGACCACCUUUCUUUGAGAUUACACAAACUUAUUCAGAGUAACGUGUGGUGUCAAUACUCUGCUAACAUAAAGUAAAUCUGUUCUCUCUGUGUUUUCGCCCUGUGUUUUGUAAGUUUGAUUUUCUCCUUGAAUGCAAUCUUCACAAAUUCUUAUUUUUGUCUUCCACAGAGCCUGAAAGAGGGACUGACCGUGCAGGAGCGUAUGAAGCUUUUUGAGGCAAAAGAUUCCAAAAAGAUUUAAAUAUCAUCAAUCUGCAGUUUUUUUUUUCUCUCUUUCCUGACCUUGGGUUUUUGGGGUCAGCAGUUCAGCACCUGCUGAGAACUGACAGAAAAUGGGAAAAAUCUAUGAAGAUCAUUAUUAACCUUGGACCUGCUGCUUCUGUGCCUCUGAUAAGUGGUCACAUUUUUGUUGAACUUUUUUAAUCAGUAGAAAAAGUUUUGUUAAAUCAAUCCUGUGUAAGCUUUCUAGAGAGAAUCCAUAGAUCUAUUAUCUGUCCAGCUUGGAGUUGUGUCAAAAAUCUGUCAGAGGGAUACAAGACAGCAUUUUUAUUGAUCCUUCAAAAUGCCAAAACGGUCAGCAAUACACAGUAUAAAUAAUAUAUAUUUCCCGAUAUAAAUUAAGUAUCUGCUGUAUUUUAUUGUUACAGUUUCUAUAUCUUAUGAUUAAGUUUAUGUUGCACCAGUUCUGUUGUAUAUAACUACUGGAUUUAUGUAAGAGUAUGGUUUGCUAUUGAGUGUUGGGGCAUCUGCUGUACUAUAACUAUGGUUUGAUUGAUAGUGGAGAACAAUGUGAUGCUUUUCUUGCUUGUGUAUGAGAGUUUUUUUUUUUUUUUUUUAAAUGGAGUGUCUGUGUGCGAAGGGGGAAGAGGGCUGGGAUUGCACUUAACACUUGACUACUUGAGGAAUCUUUUUUUAUUUGUCUCAAAUCAAUGUAGUGACUUUAAGUCAUCAAUCGCAGUGCAACCAAACAUCCUGACUUCUGUCAAAUUUAGUGAACAACAGUGACUUAUCAGUGAUUCAAUUUUUUUUUUCAAAUUUCUUAAAAUUUGUGUUUGCUUAGUUUUGACUUUGGUGUGAGAAUAUCAUCUAAAAAACUUAAACUAUUUAGGACUUUGCAUGACUGUACGUGUCAUAUGAAUAUGAAUUGCAGAACGAUCAUGUUGCCUCAUUUUCCUUCUUAAUGCUUCAGUGUGGAACUCUUAACACUUAUAAGCUUUGCUUUGCAAGUCCUACUGUUAAGUUGUUGAGAUGAAAUGUUUUACUGUAAGCAGCAGUCUUGAAGCACUUGGCCCGAUCCCUGACCUCUCACUAGUCGUGCCUCAACUGAGUGAAGAAUCUAUACAUCCAUGAAACCUGUGCAGCUAUGGAUACACACUGUAUAGUAUUCAAAACCACGCCUUGUAUAUAUGCCACACGGAAAACUUCUGUGUUUUGUUUUAAAGUUGUACCUUGCUCACUAGCUCUCUAUAUAAAAUAUAUAUGAAUAUUUUUUAUUUUCAUUUUAAUGUAUAACGUCAUAUAAAUGAAGUGUUUGGAAAUUUUUGAGUCACAUUUUGUGUUUACAAAAUAAGGUUUUCUGAUACUGGAAUUGCCUUUAUAAUAUACAAUUAGUGUACAAUCAGUGUAAGGUUCAUUUUUCUCUCUGGCCAGGGUGACUUAGUCCAUAAUUUGAAACAAAUGUAAAUGUGCCCAGAUAUUCAGAUGAGUUUUAAUGUCCAGAAAUCAUCACAAAAACAAAUGGUGUAACAUGUGAUCACAGCUAAAGCUUCAUACAAAGUUGAGUUAUUAACACCAUCAGGACAAAAGAGUAGAGCACAGGUGUGUUUGAGUACAUAUGAAAGAAAAAGUACUAAAGUCCAAAACCAAACAAUUAUAUUUACAUGAACCAGUGCACUGAACUUUACAGCAGACUUAUUUAUCAACAAGGACAAAGAGGUUUUAGUCUUUUUAUGACAUGUUUCUUAAUUCAAGGCAACCAUAGGGAUGAUUAAUUAUUUAAUCUCAAUGAUGACAGUCAUAUAUAUUCGCCAUACACAACUCAGGUGUGGUCCAUCUGUCUUGAAGCAAAUUCAGUCAAAUCUCACCCAUCAGCUGUGUGCAAAUAGGCCUAUUCCAUACUAUUUGGAUGUUUCACAUCCAGAUACUGGAUAAAUAUAAAGAAUUGCUGUCUAUUGUACCAGCUUUGUCUUGCCCAAUGUUUCACACAUACAUGUUCAAGCUUUAGAGAAGAAACUGCUUCAUAAACUGGUAGCUGUUAUUUGUGAUACUUAUAUUUGGCUGUUAUUCCUCCCAUAAACAUCACUUAAUUUCUUGUUUAUAAAAACUUCCUUGUAUUUCAAAAUGACUCAGAAGGUUUGUGGUGGUAUCUUAAAGAGUUAAUAUUGUUUGAUUUAUUUAAGUUUGAAAUGGUGGAAUCAGGACUGCCUG